AGAGGCCCCCGCACGACGCAGGGAAACACAUGGAAACACGUUUUUCCCUCCUCACUUUCACCUGACACUGGUCUGCAGGCUGUGCGGGAGAGGAGGAGAGAAGGCUUGGAUGUGCGCAACAGAGCCUGAGUGUCACUGUGGUCACGGAGCGCGCAUUAACAGCUCAUAAUUAGUGUUUCUUUCUGGUUUAAGUCUCUUUUUCGUCUCGUGCGCUUUCCUUACACGCAUCCAAAACUAAGAUUUGGAUAGAUUCCUCUCCCCGAUGGAACCUGCGACGACAAUUUGUUGCGUGCUUGGAAUAUUUUUUUAAAUUUCUCAAACAAGUGGUGCGUUGAUCCAUCAACAACAACAAAACAGCUGAAAAGGAAAACCAGGCUGUGAAAAGGUUUGCUGCGAUGAUCUGUGCUCUGUCUAAGUAACAUUUCCCAACUUGCUGUACCUCUGCGAUACUCUGUAACCCUCCCGUCUUAUCAACGACUCAGCACAUUUCUCGAGAAGAUGAGGAUGUCAUCUGUUUGCAGGGGAGAUAUACGGAUUCCACUGGAAGUGGAUUUUUUCUUACACGGGGAAUGGCUGCUAAAAAUAGCCGGCGUGCCGAUGAGAUUACAAUGAACAGGUUGGUGCUGAGCUGAAACUUAGAGACAUGCGGAAGGAUGCUCAGUUUUAGGAUAAUUUAAUCCACACCACAGACAAAGUAAGAGUGGGGCGUCGAGGGAAGACAGAAAAAGAUCUGUCAGAGAUUGACCCGAGAAUAAAUCACAUCAAUUUAGUUCACUUGUAGAGAACAGACACCAACAGGCGAUCUUGGGAGCAGCUUGUUGAUGGCACUGCGCACCGGGAGGACUUGGUUUGGGCAGGUCUUGCGCAGGGUGUUUCGGCUGCAGGACUCCUGGUCCAGGCGAUCGAGUAGUCUUUUGUGUCUCUCUGCAAACCAGGAGCAGGAUCUAGGUUUCUGUCACCGGGAUCACCGCAAGGCAGGGGGUUUCCACCGCUGCUCCAACUCCUGCGUCCAACGCGGACACAGUCACCAGAGCGCACCUUUCUGCGCCUCCGCCUCUAAGCACUGCCCACACGGCUUUCCCUACGCUCGCUACGCCUUCCCGGGGAAUCCGAGGGGACAUGAGCCCCUCGGUCGCCGGUUCCUGUUGGCCAUGAAGCGGCAAAACGUGCGGACCUUGUCCCUGAUCAUUUGCACGUUUACAUACCUUCUGGUCGGGGCCGCAGUCUUUGACGCCCUGGAGUCCGAUUUCGAGAUGCGGGAAAAAGAGCAGCUGGAAGCUGAGGAGAAGCGUCUCCAGGGGAAAUAUAAUAUCAGCGAGGAUGAUUACCGCAAACUAGAGACCAUCAUCAUGGAGGCUGAGCCCCACAGAGCCGGGGUGCAGUGGAAAUUCGCAGGGUCAUUCUACUUUGCCAUCACGGUUAUUACCACCAUAGGUAAGUUUUAAGCUCUUUUGGUGGAUCCAGGUACCUAAAAACGGCAUGAAUGAUCUAUUAUGAUUAUUACAGCUGUAUCUUAAUGUCACUGUGUUGUCACUGAUGCGCAACAUGACCACACAUUGACAUCAGGAUCUAAUAUUCCCAAACAGCAAUAACGCGGAGCAACAUGUUACUACUCAGAGCUUUUGCGAACUAUUCGACCUGAUCGCAAACAUCUCGAUUGUGCCGUGGGUGUUGGGAUAAAGUUUUCAGCAACAUGUUGCAGAACUCACUCACUGGUCAGAAGAUAGCUGCGCUGGGUGCUCACAGCGGUCUGUCAUCACGCUCAAUUACCACAGUGAUAUUUGGGUUGCACUUUAUUUCCACGGAAGAUUUAACAAGGGAAUGACGUGGUGCGUUCAGAGGGUAGUUCAACAUUUGCAUCACUUGGUCUGGUCCGGCUGUAAAGAGUAUCGUCACUGAACUUUGACGGUGUGUAGUCGACAUAUAGAGUCAGGCAACGUUAGGAGUUGGUGGCGUGAGAGACAUGGAAAUGCAUUCGAAAAUCUGCUAAAAAGAAGACCUGUGGCUGUGAAGGAGGACGGAGAAGCUCGGAUAGAGAGAGCAAUAGUUGGAUAAGAGGCAGGGUUUGCGUUGUGGUGCUGAAAGGACAGCUCCUCUGAGUACACUUCGGAGAGCUGACGUCACUUUUACAGAUCACCAUUCACUAUUUUUACAUUCACUAAUGUCCAUAUUCAAAAUUCACUGUAACAUACAUUUAUACGAGUCCCUAGCCUCGAACAAAUGGCGUGUGGUCAAUCAGCCAUAACACUUAAACUCAACUACAACAGGUGAUUCAGAGCUGAUGAUAACAAAGAGGGUAACACUUUACCAUGACCAUAGCUUAUACAUGGAAAAUAGACCAUUUAUAAAUGGUAAGCAGAUAGUUUAUUAAUGUUCAAUCAUCAUUUCUAAAUAGCAUAUAGUCGAUUAAUAAAUUGUAAAUUUUACAAUUUUCAAUACCUGACCCUAACCCUAACUUUAAGAUAACAUCUAAGUAAUGUUUAUAGAUGGUUUAUAAACCACUUAUCAAUCAUUAACAAAGUAUUACAAACAUCAGUUGCAACUUUACAAUAACCAUCUAAGUAAUGUUUAUAGAUGGUUAAAAAAUCAAAUAAUUUACAAAGUUCUACUUACACACAUUUUUAUAUAGAUGUUUUACAACCAAUAUUUAAACCCUAUAUAAAACUUUAAUUAAUAGUCUAUUAAUAAUUAAUGAAAACUAUUAAUCAUAAUUUCAUUGCUUGUUAAUAGUAAAGUAACUAUUAACUUACAUUAAUAAACUAUCUAAUUGCCAUUUGUAAUUGGUCUAUAUGCUGUUUUUAAAUGAUGAUUAAACAUUAAUAAACUAUUUACCAUUUAUAAAUUAUUGUUAUUGUAAAGUGUUAUCCAUUUUUUCCUUUCUAGCUUUACAUGAUUUUUUAGGUCAAAAAAAGAUCAAAUCUCUCAAAGUGGUGUAUCAAAAUAUCAUUAUUUCAGCCUCUGUCUGAAACACUGCAACACUUCGUUUUAGCUGUAGGAGUAAACAAAAGAAGGAAACAUGCCGGUGUAGCAUCUGCAAGCUAGGCAACAUCAGCAUUAAAGAUGACAACCUUGCAGCACGGGUAUUACAGGUCCGAUCAUCACAUGAGUAUGUAGUAUCUAGGUUUUGAUUAAGGCUUGCAACAGCACAAGGAAAUCCUUGAGUUAUUAUAAUUUUUUAAAAUACUGCUCAUAUAAACAUUUGUGUGUUUAUUUCUUAAGUAUGUUAAGCUUGCCUGAGGAAGUGUUACCACAAAGGGUAAACCCCCUGCAAAGACACAUCAAUCCAGUUUUCACUGAAUAAUUCAUUUCAUAUACCCCUUAGCAAAUACAACCUUAUUCACCUCAUUUUGACGCUACUGUUGAUGAUGCAUUCCCAUCAUAAAGCUUAUUCUUUGCAGUGAUAUGUUGCUCAUUUCACUGAGUUUUUGAUGAAUCUUUUUAUCAGUCACCAGUAUCCAAUUAAAACACUGGAUUCAUUUAAAUUUAAUUUGCUUUAAGAUAAGUUCAAACUUCUUUUUUUAAAUCAGCAAACAUAUUCUCAUGAUGCAAAAUGUGGAAUAUAAUCAAAUUAACUUCCUCUUCCCUGCAGAGGUCUCAAAGAAGCUCACUCCUCCAUUAUGGGAGUAAGAUAGUGUUGUUCAGGAGACAGUGAGGACUUUUAGCUAGAGGAAACUAAUGCACCAGGCCUGUCCUCCUCCAGUUUGCCAGGCAACACUUUAAAAGGACGGCUGCACAGAACACUGAAGGCGGAUCCACUGUUGUUUCCAGGCUACUGCAACAAGAGCCAUUGUAAUAUUCAUGUUGUGUGAAAUGGUUACAUCUACUGCAGGCCCGAGUCUCCUCUGUAGGAAACACAACACACACACGCGCUUUUAUGCACUAUCGUACUGGUGAGAUCGGAACAAACAAUCUGGCAGACAUGCAGACUUUUCCUGAAAGCUGUAGACAAACAUUUGUUUGGAUUAAAAAUGACCUGAACAGAAUUCAAAAGGCAGAGAAAAAAAACUGGCUGAGAAGAUGACUUAACCUGCUGAUUACAAGAAAUCAAUUUCAGUGGAAAUGACUGCAUUUGUGCCCCAAUAUUAUACAGUUUGCCUACUUCAUUGCAUGAGCUCUUUUAAGUAUUUUUUAAAAGGGAGUUUCUACUAUGUAGACAUUGGCACUUAAAAUGAUUUAUCUAAAAUUCAAUUAAAGGUUAGUAUUUUUAUGAUAACUCAGUAUUCAGUGUUUAAAUAACCUCAACUAAUAUUAAAUUCUCAAUCUUGAGAUUCAGUUAAAAAUGUGAGUCAAAAGGAUAUAACUCAUGAUGAAGUUAACCCAGAUUUAUAGGCUAUUUAGGAUGAUAUUAUACAAAGUGAUAACAUAUAGCAGUGUGUACCACCUCCUAUAACAGAAGGGUCUCUGGUUCACAUCUCAGUUCUGUCAUCAUUGUUAAAAGAAAUGCUGUCAACAAACUAGGGAAAUGAAAGCAUUAUGAAUACAUUAAUUUGACUGCAAAAGUUUUUCUGAAUAAAUGAAUAAAAACAAAUCUCAACUUAUUCUCUCAAAUUUGGUCAACUUGAACAAGAAAGCCAGCUGGGGCACUAUUUUAAUUCACUUUUUACACAGUUACAGGUCUGUAAAUAAUGUUACAUAGUGUACAAUGCUGCACACAUUAGUUGGCAAAGUAAUCAAAAUUCAAUUAUAUUGCACACUUCAUACACAAAAGCAAAUCUGACAUAUGAAAACACGUUAGAAGUAUUACAUUAUACCAAACUAAAAGAGAAUCAAGUAAUUUUCAAAGUGUCAUAACAACGAAUAAAAGAGACAUAAAUAUUCAUGUGUUGUGCCAUGCAAUAAGAGGAAAUUGAAAUUAUUAUACAGUAAAAAUGAAAGUGUAAUUUGUAGAGUUUAUUCAAAGGCACAUGAGAACAGAAAAGCUUUUAAACUUAAGUAAACAAUGUUUAUUCCCUUCACAGGUGGAAUAAUGCCUAAUUGCUGCUUAAUUGUGUUUUGAUAGUUCUCAGGGCUGUAUCAGAUGACCUGAGUCGACAGGUCAGACUAUAACUUGUUUACAGUAACAUUGUGGCUCAUUAAAUUGUACACACUUUAAAAAAUCUACUGUCCUUACAGUAUUCAGGGGCGCCAGAUUGGUAGAAAAGCUAGGAUGACUCUAAGAGACCUUGAACAAGAGGGACCCGAAAAAUUAUUAAAACAUGUAGUUGUGGCCCGUGCACUUUCAGACAAUUACAAGGAAACAACUAACUUGCUAAAUGCUGCAAAGUGCUCUGCUCAUAGGGGAUUAAGAUGGGACAAGAGUGGGUCUUAUCCCACUAGGUGAGUCUUAUCUUAAUGUUGUCUUUUGAAUAAUAGAUCCAAGGGUUUGGUUGAGACCUGCUGUGUUUGUGAAGCACCUUGAGAUAACAUUUGUUUUGAAUUGGUGCUACAUAUAGACAGAUUGUUUAAAAGCCUGACAGAUUGAGCAUGUUUCUUCAUUUUUUUAUUUAUUUUGGGGCUAAGGUCACAAGAAGAAGGAAAAUGCUAGCUUUUGGAUUUGAGUACAGUAUUUGUUGAGGGUAACACCGGUGCAGAAUUUGACCAGCUAACAUUUAAACGUUGGUUUACUCCUGUGUGGGGUCAGCUGUAUGAAAUGGUUCACAUUUGUACAACAGUUUCUCCAAGACUAGGUGGAGAAAUUUUCCAUGUUAACAGACCAUAUCUGUUAACAUACAGAAGAUGAGACCGAAAAUUUUAUACAUUCACCUUUUUUAGAUAAAAACUUAAAAGUCAUCAGAUUGUAUCUGUUCAGCACGGAGUUAGAGAUUUUUUACUUUAAGUUUGGAAAGAUGGAAUUUUCUGGACGCCUCAGACCAUGAAAUGAAAACAAUUACUAGUGUCUCAAUGUCAGUCUGAAAUUUUUUUGUCAUUUGCCCUACCAUAGACCUCAUAUGGCAGAGCAAUUUCAUCUUGCACUCCAAGAAGUUUAAAUCCAAAGUUAUUAUUAUUUUCAGGUAAUAUUUGACCUAACAAUUGAAGUCUUAAGACGGUGGAGUUUUGAUUUGAGUUCUCUGAAGGAUUGUGCUCAAAUAUAGUGCUCAGCUGAGAGAAUAAGAGUUAUGACCUCAUGCUCUCACCUGUUAAUAUUAAGAGGAGAAUCCCCUUUUAGGAAUAAUGAAACGAUAUUUAUUAUCUGCACUCUUUUGAUAGAAUUUCAAACAAUAUUUCAAACACAGAAAGUGAAAGAACUGAAAGAACCUUUGUGCAAAAUGAAACUGCUACACAGAUAAGGACACAAUUUGGACUGUGCCAACUGUGAGCAGUUUGUAGAAACUAAUUAAAUUUAGUGUCAUCGUGUGGGAAAGUAAAAAUGGAAUGAAGAUGCCUAUUUAGAUACAGUGUAUGUUACAACACACUCAUCGUGUUCGUACAUUAAGAGCAGAAAAAAGGAGAAAUGUUACUCUACAGCUUGGUGAGGUGCUUUAAAAGCCACUGAUGCUUUGGCUCAGAGUAACAAUCACAUUUAUCAGCCCUUAAGGACAAAUACAAACAGCUGAACUUAUAUUUGAUGUUUUCAUCUGAUGGCCAGUGUGAUUAAAGGGAUAUUCCGGCGUUAAAUUAAUUUAGAGUCAAACACACUGUAACACAGAGUUAGACACCCCCUUGAGAGAUGAAUGUUGCUGACUGCGUGCUUCUCUAGUUAUACCAACACUAGUAACAACCACGGGAUAACAAUACACAGCGGUCUGAGGAGCCAUAAACAAACCUCAACCAAAACGCCACUCUGUAGCAGCAAAUAAUGCUCAGAACAGCACCUAACUUCAUCAACAGUACAUAUAGGGUCCUAGCCACAGCACUAGCCACCAAACAUCUUUUUAGCUUUGCCUAAUUUCUUGAGCAAAGAGACUAAACACAACUCACCUACUCUCUUCCAGCAGCCGCUUGUUUGUAGCAAGACCUCAGACCAGUCCAUUACGGACUACAGCGGGGUGACGCAGCUCAAGGAAGAACAUUUAUGAUUAUUACUUAAUCAUUUCCUUGAAGUAAUAAUCACCAUAUUAAACAUUUUUCACUGCAGACACGGUAGUUCUCCUGUCUUAGCGUCUCGGUCUGAUUGCAUUUCCAUGAAGAAAUGAUCAUAAAUGUUCUUCCUUGAGCUGCGUCACUCCGCUGUAGUCCGUAGUGGACUGGCCUGAGGUGUCGCUACAAACAAGCGGCUGCUAGAAGAGAGCAAGUGAGUUUCUAAAGAAAUUAGGCAAAACUAAAAAGAUGUUUGGUGGCUAGUGUUGUGGCUGGGACCUUAUAUGUACUGUUGAUGAAGUUAGGUGCUGUUCUGAGCAUUAUUUGUGGCUAUAGAGUGGCGUUUUGGUUGAGGUUUGUUGAUGGCUCCUCAGACCACUGUGUUUUGCUCUCCUGCGGUUGUUACUAAAGUUGGUAAAACUAGAGAGGCAAGCAGUUGACAACAUUCAUCUCUUGAUGGGAUGCUUGACUCAGUGUUACAGUGUGUUUGACUCUCAAUUAAUUUUACGCUGGAGAAUCCCUUUAAAGCCUCAUACUCCACGACAGCAGGUCGUGUUGAGCUUCAAAGAGGCUUCGCAGGCAUAUGGACCUCAAACAGUAACCACAUCUGAGGUAACUGAAAGGGAGCUCAUUUGAUUUCACAGAAAUUAGUAUUUCCAAUUCCUGAUCCAAUCUUUCUCAAUUAAGUCACGGUGACUUCAUCGUUAAGUUCAAAAUAACAUGAAAACUCCUCACAGUGCCUGUCAGCUGUUACCAAAUUGCUUCAGGUUGAUUUUUUCCCCCUUUAUUCUACCAUCUAUCUGUACAUACAGUAUUGCAUCUGAGUGUUGGCUUUUAAGCAACCUCCUCACUCUCACACCUUGUCUGUCAAUAACGCCCCCCUGCAUCACCACACUCCCCUUGCUAUCCUAGAUGAGAAAUAAAGAAGACAUUGUUUUUUAUAAAGAUAAAAAUUCAUCACAAUAUAAAAUUAGGAUUUAUGGGCUGAUCUUGGCCUUACUGGUCUGAUAACUGGAGUAGGAAUUCAGGCGGUGUGAUAGGGAGGAAUCAGUCAUAUAAGUAUCUUUUGUGAAGUAACACUGCUGGCAGAUUAAAGAGUAAUAGUAAUAUCGACUCUCGUUUAAUUGUAGCUCUAUCCACAGUAAUAGCUGUAUUAGCUAUAAUAGAUGCGUCAGAAGUGGUUAUCAGAGAAGCACUGGUGAUUUUUUGUUAUGAAGCAGCUAUAAUUUUUUGAAGCUGUAUUAUCAGCUUUAGUAGUACCAGGAUUUGGACUAAUUAUAGAUGAAAACAGUUGUGGUAAAUGAACAGCACUUCCAUUUGAAUGUGGGUUGAUAUAAAAUGUCGUGUUGAGAGUGUUUGAAUGAUCUCAAGCGAAGUGGUUUCACACUACCUGUCACAUUCACCCAUUCAUGCAACAUUCAUACACUGAUGGCAGAGCUUUUGGAGUUUCUGGCCAAGGAUUUUUUCAACAGGAAGCAAAGGCUAUUGAGAAAAUGUAGUUGGCCAAAGUGUGGCAGCAAAAGCAUUUAAAGUUAUAGCAGCAGCUGUAUUGUUAAAAUAGUGAAAGCAGUAGUAAUAGUUGUCCAAAAUAAUAAUAAUAAUAAGAAGCAGGAAUUAUAACAAAAUUAUGAUAGCAGCUGUGGAAUAUGGAAGAGGACCAGACAAGGAAGUGUCAUCGGCUGUGUUCAGCCAACAUAAACACAACUUUGAUACUUAAAAAAAAUGUAUUAGCCACACCCGCGAUGUCGUAUCAGUGAAGAUUUCAUCUAUAUACUUAAAGGUAGGGUAGGCAGGAUCUGAGGAAGUUCCAGUUUUACGGAGAAAUCUUGAAUGUAAACACUACCCCUCCCAACCAGUUUUCCCCUCAGCUCCUCCUCUCCCCUCCUUCUCUGCUCCAGCAAGCCCCGCCCACAAACAGACGCUCGUGCUCACUCAUAUCGUUUCAAUUAAAUUCAGAUAUAAUGCAGAUAAAUACUUCAGAUAAUUACAAAUGGGGCUCAGUCAAUGUGAAAGUAAAAAGCAUUGGUGCUACUGUAGACGCCAACAGACUACCAGCAAACACAAUGUUUGCAGGACUUCUACAACUAGGAUAAAGUGACAUAGUCCAGGACCCGAGGUUAACAGUUUAGCUACAACACGCAGCAGGUCCCAUUUGACAAGAAACACUUCUGUUACAGACACUUGGCUUAUUUUGUUAAAGCGGUUUGCCUGUCCAGCAGAAAGGUUACAGGGUCUCAAAGCGUCCCCCAAAUGCUACAUUAAUGUUGACCCGGCUUUUUAGCCUUUGUCCGGUCUACCUCCUUUUUAAGCGCCCGUUAUUCCGCCAGAGUCUCCAGUAUUUACUUUGUUUUCUUGCUUGUGUUGGCAGUCGUGGCUAAAGGAGGAUUCAUACAAUAUUCUGUACUUUCCGGUUGGUUUCCGAUAUUGUAGCACGCUAACUUUUUUUGGGCUCGAGAACGUUAUUCAAGGACGUGGAGCGUGUCUCACAAGACGGGGAAGCAGCGUCUGACUUACAACCAAUUAACACUAAGGAGCAGCGUCCGCCUCACAACCAACCAGGUUGGGGGACGCAGAGAAUGACUUUGUUUACAGUCAGAAAGAGCGGGCCACUCAAAAAAUUUAAAAUGUUGACUACACAGACUUAACACAACACAGCUAUAUAGUUAUAGAACCAAAUGUCAUUCUAUAGCUAAUCGCUAUUGACUUAUAUGAAAACCUUUUUUGUAUAUACACCACAAAAAAGGAUGCUUCCUUAAUGGAUUCCUGCCUACCCUACCUUUUAAUUUUUUGUUUUUUGCAGCAAAAAAAGAGCUUGUUAGAACAUCCGGCUGACACUGUUGAGCAUUCUCCAUGUUAGUCCCACAAUAUUUGUGAGACCUUGGGUCUAUUUUUGUGACCACAAACUGAAAGUCUGUGAUCAACCAGUCUUAUGGAGUCAACCAUUGUGUGCUUUUGGAGGAUCACAACGUUAAAAAAGUUGUCUAGUGUAUAGCCAGCCUAACUGAACAAGGCAAACAGCAACAGCUUAUAAUGAACUAAAAAAAAUCCUGUUAAAGCAAAAUAAAGAAGUGAUGAAAAAAUGAGGCAGUGUAUAUAGUAAGCUUGGCUUUGUGGGUGAGGUAUUAUUGCAGGACAAAUCAUUCAUGUGGAUUAUGUCAGCCUCCUUUUAGGCUGAAUGAGGUUGUUAAGUCCAGCAUUACAAGAGACAGUGGUAGUAGCAGGAGACAUUUGCGUCUGUAAAUGUGUGUUAUGCAGAAACUCUCACAGACAGAUCUAUUACCAGACAAAAUGUACAAAAACCAAAAAUGAUGUAACUCUAAUAGAAUUGCUGUAAUAGUAGCAGUUUUUGUGUCACACACUGUGGUAGUAAUAGUAGUAGCUGCCACUGUGUGCAAAAGACUCAAUUCUCCACUUCAAAUUAUACUCUGAGUCAGCUACUCAUUCAUGAAAGAUUAAAACUUCUAUUAUCUACAGCUGGAGGCCUCACCUGAGUGUGCUUCAUUCAUAUCAGCUCUCAUUAUCUGCAGUUUCACAGAACAUCUGGUGGUACCUACCAUCACAUACUUAUCAUCAUCAUUGUUAUCAUCAUCAUGCUGUCAUAAAGUGUUUGAGCAAGAUACAAAAAUGGCUCUGGGACUGAAAUUGAGUCUCAGCUGUGAUUUGUUCACACAUGCCAGCCAAGCUGUUAAAGGAGGGCAUCGCCAUAAGCCCCCUCUCUCCCACCCAGAGUGACCCUGUAAGUUGUCUCUUUAUGUUCCUGGGAUUGAUGGCACUGAAUAUGUUGUUUAAUGAUGACAGCAUGUCUUGAGCUUAAGGUGUUUUGACCACAUCUGUGCACAGAGGGAGAAAGAACCAGCAGCAUGAAGUUAAGCCUAUACUCCCAACAGUGGAAAUGUUGCGCAGGGACCUGACAUGGCUUUACGGGUGAAAGCCAUCUCCACUUUAUCCCUGAAAGUAACAUAUACUUUAAGAUCAUUAGAAAUAAGACAAGUGACCGCUUUUUAAAGGCUGAUCUUUUUCUUUAAUAUUGACAUUAAAGGGAUAUUCCGGCAUAAAAUUUAUUUAGGGUCAAACACACCAUAACACAGAGUUAGACACCCCUUUGAGAGGUGUAUGUUGCUGACUGCUUGCUUCUCUAGUUAUACCAACUUCAGUAACAACCGCACGAUAGCAAUACACAGUGCUCUGAGGAGCCACAAUCAAACCUCAACCAAAACGCCACUCUAUAGCCACAGAUAAUGCUCAGAACAGCACCUAACUUCAUCAACAGUACAGUAUAGGGUCCGAGCUAUAGUACUAGCCACCAACAUCUUUUUAGCUUUGCCUGAUUUCUUUAGCAAAGAGACUAAACACAACUCACCUACUCUCUUCCAGCAGCUACUUGAUUGUAGCGAGACCUCAGGCCAGUCCAUUAUGGACUGCUGUGGGGUGGCACAGCUCAAGGAGGAACAUUUAUGAUCAUAUUUUCCUGGAAAUGCAUUCAGACCGAGACGCUAAGAUAGAAGAACUACAGCAUCUGCAGUGCAAAAUGAUUAAUAUGGUGAUUAUUACUUCAAAGAAAUGAUAAAGAAAAGAUUUAAAAAAUGAUAUUUUUGACCAAAAUACAAGUGUACUUACACCGCGCUGCCGCCACGCUGCCAGGGAGGCACAAAAAUAAAGCCCAAAGUGUUGACAGCAUGUAGCUUAGCUUGUUCUCAAUACUUUUGUCCAUAAACUGUUUUGUAGCUCUGAUGAUUUUCAGCUAAAUAAAAUAAUACUUUUUACCUAUUUUAUAUUUCAGCCUCUGUGUUCGGUCUCUUUAAAGUCCCUCCCAGGAGUGCUCUAAAACCCAGAACUCCAGAUGCCUCCUUCACUGUUGCAACACAUCAAAGUUUGGUUAUUCUUUUUAAAUGACAAAUUUUGAAUCAAGUCCAUAAUCUGAUCCAGAGAGUUUGGAGAUCUUUUUGCCUUUUUAACAUAAUUUCUUCACAAUAUUAGAUGACAAUGACAUCUAUUUUGGGACAUACAAUUAGGAGGAUAAAUAAUUUUCCAGGACAACCUAAUAUUUUCCAUAAAAUUUAUCUUUUUACACUUACUUUCUGUGUACUAAUUGGUCAACUUGUUUUCUAGGACAGCAGGGAAUCCUGUAUGCAGCAAAGGGCGCUCAACACUUGAAUGACUUGGUGAAGAAACAUCAUCUUAAAACAUCUAUAGAGCUGGAAACCAAGACAAAUGAAAUUACAUCACAGAGACCAGCAUUAAAGGCCAUGAUAAAUUGCAGCCAAAACAUAUUGCUUUUAACCAGGAAAUCACAUUUUUAUCCAAGAAUAAUUUAAAUUAAACGUUCUCUUUGAAUUAAAAGUAAUUAUAAUUUUUACAGACAUAUGUUUGAGAAUAUUAGUACAUUGGCAGUAGUUGGAGCUGACAAAAGUAAACUCAGAAUAUGUUAAAACAACUCUAAGGCCAAAGCAAAGAUGCCUAAUUAAAUUUAACAUUGUUUUGCAAGGAAGUAUCAACUAUUUUUAUGUAGAUUAAUGACUUUUUCAAUAAAUUUACAGCUGAUAUAUUUAGUUGCAGUGUUAACCUCCUCUCCUUGCCCCCCUCUUUGUUUAUUCUUACCUCUCUGGCAUCUAAACUCCACAGUUCAGAUUAGUCAGUGCAUGAUUAUUUCAGAAGCAAGAUGAAACACUUCACUUUUGUUGUGCUUCAGAAGAGGGUCCUAUCCUCACUGAUAAAUGAAUCACCUGUUCUCUUUAUAGGAGCUGUUUCAUGGAGAUGAGUCAGACUCUGUGUCUUUGUUGAAUCUGUUGUGUCAGUCACAGUUUCCAUUAUGCUCCCGGCUGUAGCCACUUGCUGCACGCCUUCCUUCUGGAUUGUCUUUUCUCGCUCACAUAGUUUAUCAAGAAUCCGCCAAGAGAGAGUGCAUAAUGACUGUACCAUUUGAUAACACCACCUAAUAGUCAUGGAAAACAAGUUAUACGUUCAUACCAUAGACUGUGUAUAGAAUGAACAGCGUCUGCCUCCUCGCUGGGUUAAGCCAACCCGAGAACAGCACCCUCUGGUGAUGGGCUGCAGUAUAGGUCAUAAAUCCCGCCUCCACCAGCAAUCCCUAUGGGGCUGUGGACAAACUUUAAAAAUUUAUUACAUAGAAUAUAAAUGUUUCUCCCCCCUGCUUGCAAUGUUGACAUGUAGUUAUUGUAAGACUGGUUUGUACAAAGAUUGCAUAGAUCACCUAGGGCAGGGGUCGGCAACCUUAAACACUCAAAGAGCCACUUGGACCAGUUUCCCACAGAAAAGAAAACACAGGGAGCCACAAAACCUCUUUGACAUCUAAAAUGAAGAUAACAUUGCAUAUAUCUUUUUUUUACCUUUAUACAAAGUAUAUAAAAAACUGUAGCGAAUUGCAUUUAUGAGAUAAAUGAACUAUUUCGGCGAGUGUCUGUCUUCUGUAGUUAAACCGCAAGAUAUCAAAAUCUACCCGGGUACAGCAAUGCUGCUUUUUGAUUGGCUGUUCAGUAGAUAUACUUUAUUUGAUUGGCUUGUGCGUGGCACGCAGCUUCUGAACUCUCGGAGGAACUCAGUUGAUUUCCCCCAGUUCCAUAGUUGAAGAAGUGCAACUUGGUGGACAUCACCGUGUUCAUUUAAAUGCGUGAGAAAUACAAUGUGUGGUGUGUGUGAGCGUGUGAACGAGUGGGAAUGCGUGUGUCAUACGCUGAAUGCGUGAGACUUGAGAGCCCUGUGCUCACGCAUCAUCGAUGUACUCCCGAGCCAUGCAAAACGGUCUUUGCAAAUGUUGCACUGAACGCCUUCCUUUUCAGUCUUGGUGAAGUUUUCCCACACCACUGAUGUUUUAGGUCGGGAUUUGGGUUGGGUUGUGUCCAUGUUUUUCUCAGCCGCUGCCUCGGUCAUGGCUGUUUCUUUUCUGUGCAUGCAUUCUGCUGAUGUUUACACGCCGGUGUCCAUGGACAUAUAUAAAGACCCGACGAAUCGAUUACAGAAUUUGUUGGCAACGGAUUUUUUCGUCACGACGAAUCUACUCAAUCGAUUCGUUGUUGCAGCCUUAAUAGUUUAUUUAAUGUUACAAGAGCAUUAUAAUCUUUGAAUUUAGAAUUACAAAUAAUAAUAAUAAUAAUAAUGAUAAAAUAAAAUAAAAUGCAAUUAAGUAUUUAUUAUUUAUUUUCCAAAUCCAUUGGGAGCCGCAGCUUAGGGAAGAUAGAGCCGCAUGCGGCUCCAGAGCCGCGGGUUGCCGACCCCUGACCUAGGGGAUACGCUGUUUGAGCCAAGCGUCAUCACAGCGACUCUCCCGUCGAAUGCAUACAAGGCUACAGCGCAAUGUUAGUUUUAGGAAAUCAAGAAAAAUUGCAGAAAUACCAAGAGCUUUUCGGCUUCAAAUCCGUAAACUGGUGGAAGGCGGAACCAGUGUGUUAAUAGUAUAUACAGUCUAUGGUAACCACCUGUGGUAGCUCCACAUUUAAGGAUAGGGAAGGCUGUAGUUACCCUCAGUUGUAUGUCACAGCUUACAGCCCCAGCUAAGAUGAAAAUAAAGCAUGUUCUAGCCCUUAUUUAAAAAAAUAAGUAAACCAAACAUCAGUGAAGCAGCAAGCACAACCAGACACAUUGUGGUUGUUGCCAAAAUAUAAAAAAACUCACAGUUUUAUGUUGCUUCAUCUUUAGGAAAAGGAAAUUACUGUGACUUUCCUUCAGAGCCAACAGAACAGUUGGUAUCAACUUUCUGAGACAUACUGAAUCAGAGGAGGAAAAAUGGAGCAGUGAAACUGAGUUUUAAUAGAAAAAGCCUCUGGGUGUCCCUCCACUUAGUCCUAAUAUGAUGGCCCAGCCUGGUCCCAGGUUCAGACCAAGACCAAUCAUUGCAGACUUACUAUAACAGGCUAUUUUGGAAAAGCCAGAAAGCAUGUCAAGUGAUUAUGACAACAUCUGUGUAGCUUGUGAUGAAACAUCAUAGGUUUCCAUUAACAAUCAAUCAAUCACAUCAUUCUCAAUGUGGCGGCUGUGGCUCAGCUGGUCAUGGAACUGUGAACCAGCUCCAUUCCCCACCACAGGAUCUUUGAGGGUGCAUAGGAGCAGUAGAAGAUGAAUGGAUAGAUGGUUGGAUAAAUACAAUGCAUUGAAACUCUAUAUUUAUUUAUGUUGCCUUUAUUUUAUAUUCAUAUAUUCUGUAGAAAUAAAUAGCUGUUUAGCCUUGAAUAACCUUGAUCAACAAAUGACUCCUAUGGAAGCAUUUUAUAAUGAUUUAACUGUGAUAUCGAAAACAUUUUUGGCUGAAGCAAGAAAAUUUUAUGCUGCAUAUUGGGAUUGGAGUAUUAAGUUGAUUUCGAGGGUCACUUUGCAUACAAUAAAUGCAAUCUGUGUUUUAUCUUACACUCAACACAGGCCAAAGGCUGCUGAAAGCUGCACUUUGCUUCUGCUCAGCUGUCAUCCUGUGGGUGAUAACACACCCUGUAAUCUUGACUGGGAUUGUUUGGCGAAGUCCUAAAGAUGUGAAGCAUGUGGACACUGAUUGGUGUGUGUGUGACUGUGUGUGAGUGUAUGUGUGUAAGUGUGAGCAUGAAGGCAGCAGGCUGGAGGGUGGAUGGGUUUAAGGGAUCACACAGAUUGCCCAUCUAUGUUACAUCUUGACAAGGGCUGAUUGUAGGGCUCUAUGUCCCAUGCCACUAUGGAUGAGGGCAAUUUUCCCCUCAGCUUUUCCUGGCAGGCAGCAGAGUUCCUUCAUUUCCAAAGACUCCAGCUUUGUCAUGUUCUUUGUUCAGGCUUAACUUCCCAACAUGAAAUAGCCACCAGGAAGGUCAGUGAGGCAACGUACUUCUCUGAAUUUUCUUGACACUGGGUGGUAAGACCUCAAGUUUUCCUUUGCUUAAGAUGGAUUAUGUAAAUCUCUAAAACAUCAAGGACAAAGGAUUUCAUGUCUUAUUUUCUCAAGCAGCAGUCAAUAGAAGUGGGUGAGCACUUUUUAAAUCCAGGCGAUCUGCUCAUUCAUAAUGCAUCAUACUGAGUUUCAUAACAGGUGUAUAUAAUUGCAACACAUCUGUUUUUUUCUUUUUGUGUUGUAAUGGCAGGAAGAUUUUUUAAGAGUUUGGGAACAAUUUGUAGAGGUGCCUUUUAAAGACCUCUAAAAAAUUUGGCAUGUUUUAUCGAAAGCAAACUUCAGCAAUUACUUCUGUUGACUUUUCACAAACACACAGCGUCCGAUUUGGUUACUUUGCAUCUUUAAAUCUUCCUCGGUCUUAUUAUUGAGGCGUAUUUUGCUUCUAGGCAUAAUACCAAAACAUAUACCUCAAAAAAUAUACUCAAAGGAUUAGUCUGCAAAAGUUGCAAAAAUUCCCUUGCAGUACCCGGAGGUAUAAAGUGAUGCAGAUCAUUUUGAGGAAUCUGACCCAAAUACAAGGGAAGUAAAAGGAGUUUGGUGCAUCAUUUCAGUGCUUGGUUCUAAACUUUGGCGAAUGAACACCAGACUCCCGCUGACUCACUUUAUGCUGAUACAACAAAAAGGUUGAGUAAGGACAGAUCUUCAUUAGGUAUCCCACAAGGUCAACAUUAACUCCACAUUCUGUUUAUUUCUCAAAAACAAACGUAUCUAAAUACACUGGAAUCACUUCAGAUAAGUGCGUAUACAGAACUCUGGGAAAGAUAUUUGUGUGAUUGCGGGCUGUCCAACAAGGUGACCUUGGAAUUUAUGCAAGUUCAUCAAAACUGAAACUAUUUAAGAUUGAUAUUAAAAUGUGCUUACUAGUCUGAAUGUCACUGACUUUUUAGCAUAAUGUUGAUAUUUCUGUGUGGUACCUUAUGAUUAGAUAUUUUACCUGUAACAACUGAUGUUGGAGUCUGUAGUCAUCAGCCAAUGUAAGUGAAUAAAGCCUCAACAAAGUAAACUGAUCGAAUAUUAGUAGGUUUCCACCAGAACAUAAAGACUUUUAAUCAAUUAUUUCAAUCUUAGCUUUAAUACAAUCAGUUUUCGAUAGGAUGCACUUUGUCAGGCUAAUCUGAGAUAUCAUAAAUCUCUGCAGUUUUAUGGUUAUAAUGGGAACAGUCAGUAUAUUAGGAUGAGGCUUACUGAUCCAAAGUUUAUUUUAGCGAGUUAAAAUUAGGCGUUAGGUAUGAAACACAAUAGAUCCACAAAUAGCAUUCCCUUAUGUAACUUAGUUUAAAUUUAUUUCAUUACUAUUUAUUUUUAUUCCAUUUUAUAGCGCUGUGUUUAUGUAUUUUAGUAUUCAUUUUGUUUAUUGCUGAUGGGUCACUUUUAUCAUCCCUGCUGCUUUUAAUCUGUACAGCACAGCACUAAAAAUAAAGUUUGAGUUAAGUUUAUCGUAAAAGUGGAGACAGGUGUGAUGAACUUGAGGUUGUUCCAGAGACGAGGACCACUGUAACUGAAAGCCCCUUCAUCAGCAUUUGAUCUGCAACUAUCUGAGAAGGACUUCCAUCUUAAAGGGUGGAUUGGGGUCUAGUUUGAUCAGGAAUACACUCAGGGGCUGAACCAUUGAACGUUUUAUGGACUAAUAACUAGAUUUUGAAAGGGUUUCUGUAUUGAGCAUGGAUCCAGUGAAGAAGCAGUUUUGAGUCUCAUAGUAAUAUGUUUAGAUAUUCUUAUGUGCUUCAGGACUGUGUUUGCUGCAGUCUGAAGAAGCUGGUGUCCUUCAGAAUGAACAGAGAUGUGAUUUUCAUUUCAGCCAUAAAACUGGUCAUAAGUAAUUAUUUGUCCAUAAUAUGUUUUUUCACCAGGAAUUUUAAAUGAUGUUCUGCCUUGCAUGGUUUUAUUUUUGAAGAACAUUGAUUACCUGGAUGUAGACAAAUCCAUCAAGGAUUUGCUAAGCUUUUUUAAAAUAUAUUUUUAAUUUAUUUUUUAUAUAUGGUUAUCUGAAGGUAAUAAUUCAUAUUUUUAAUUUAAUAAAUUAGAUUCUCUUCUGUAUAUUAACAUCUUGCUGUUUCGGCAGCUUGCUGUGAUUUCUUAAAAUGCUAGAUUUUCCCCCUGCCCCUUUUUCCCCCCAAAACAGAUGUUAUCACAUUGUCUGACUGCUUCUUGCUGAAGAUUGAUUUGAGCCGUUCACCCUAGUUGCUCUUUGUAGCCAGUAGAUUAUUUUCACUUUGCUGGAGUGUCCUACUGGGAGCUUGAUGGAGGUCUCCACACAGAUCGAUGGAAAUGGGUUCCUGUGGUGCUGAUGCUCUCAGUGGGAGUCAGUGGCUCUGAGGCUAGCUGGUCUAUUUUCACUUCUUAGAGGGUAAACUGUGCACAUGAGGUCCCUUGGCACAACAAGGUUUGGCCCUGUGGCUUAAUCCUCAAAAAGAGGACAUAAUCUUGAAUACCCUGACAUGAUGGCAACAGUUUUAAAACUUGUAAAAAAGACAUAAAACAUGAAUGAAUGAGGUGACUCAAAAAGCUGACAUAUUGCCGAGGCACGCACUGAAGCGACCUGGCUUCUUUUUGCUAUAGAAAAUUAAAUGACGCUUGUGUUAGUGUUCUCUCGCUGUUCUUUCGCUACUUUGCUAAUCCAGACCACAUCCUUACAGGAGCCGGGCUUUGUGAACAAAAGCUGUCGGUCACAUCUGCUGUUUUCAAAAACACAUCACUAAUUAAAACUCAACUUCAGAAAAAUGCCAAGGACUAACUUUAAUUACAAGAACCAUGUUUGAGAAGAAUUUAUUUGCUGUGUGUUUUAAUUUUCUAGUUCUAUCAGCGUCUGUCUGUUAACAGGACGGAAAUUAGGUUUAUGACCUUUUCUGCAGCCAGCCGGGCUUCACAGUCAGCGAACACUUACAGAGUCCAUUUUCAUAUAUGAUUAUUACAAAAUGUGUCAAGAAUGUCUCAUAAGGCUCUGCUGAAAAAGGUAGACUGUGAUGGGGGAGAGCCAUUUUUAAUAUUUCGGAUCACUACAUCAAGGCAAUCAUAGUUUUGUCUCUAACUAGUGUAUCUGCAUAUAUUUUAAGAUGUUGUUCAUCCCUGCAAACCAACAGAAUGAGUGUAAACAUAACUGUCUUGAGAAUAUAGCAUGCCAAAAAAAGUGGUCUCCUAUGGUCAACUUACCCCGUGUAUGGGGUAAGUUGACCAUAGGAGCGGGGUAAGAUGAGCCGUAUCUCUAAAAAAAAGAAAAAGUAACACAUUUCAACAAUCUGAACUGAAACUCUGAUCCUCUCAUCAGACUCCUUUAUGGCUCAACUUACCCCAGAACUACUAUUAUGACUUUAUUAGUCCUUUAAGCUAAAAUGGUGGACUUUUAUGCUAGGUUUUUGACCUCAUAUUGUAGCUCAUAGAUACCAUAACUGAUGAAUAAAACAAAUUUAAAAUGAUCUUUUUUGGUCUAAACACAAUUCUAAUCAAACUUAUGACAGACUAAAUUCACUUUCAAGAGUGAAAAAUGUUGGGUUUUUUUAAUAAAUGUCUAACUCCUUCACCCAUGUGCUUCUAACCUUCAGAGACUUCAUGAAUUGAUGCCCAUCUCUUAAAUAUUUGGUCACAUGAUCAAUUUCUUUUACCAUUUCCAAGCAACAGAGGAUGGCUCAACUUACCCUUUGGCUCAACUUACCCCACUCUCCUCUAUAUACAAAUGCUACAUUGAAAACUAAAAUGAGAUGUCCAUAUUAGCUGUGAUAGGCCACUUAUCUCACCUGCAGCCAGAGCCCUCAUAACUGCUGUCUCCUAAUCUUCACCUGGGCAGAACAUACAUUCAUAAAUCUUUCUAUACCCCCUUUCAGUCAGUGUGAAUCCAGCAUCAACACCUGUCAGUCAUUUCCAAGAGUUACUUCCUCAAACAGCAAAUAGCCUUAGGCCUCGGUAAGCAGCAUCCGCAGGGCGAAAAUGUAACUAGCAAAAAAUGUUAUAUCAAAUCAUCUGAAUGUUUUCUGUAAAAUUAGGAGCCAUUUUUUAACAACUCAUCUUCAUCUACUGAGUUGUUUUUGUCUUUGAACUCGCCAUUGAUUUUAUCCACCGCACUGUCAGUGGCAUGUUGCCAGCGUCUGUUGAAUGUCUUCUCAUCUGUGUGAAAAGAGAAGCCAUUACCAUAGAGAUGAAUUCGUUACAAUGCCCACAGGCUUGAGGAGAGGUUUCCUCUUUCCCUCAAAGUUUUUAAGAAGAUUCGAGUGGCAGUGACUUUCUGUUCCACUUCAGCACGGAGGAAACAGAGUGGAGCGGCGAGCACAGGGGGCUCAUCCAGGCUCAAGUGGACCAGUUUGAGAGGAAAGUGAGGUUGGCGAGCUGCUGCUUGAUGAGCCGAAGUACCUCUUUGUAGUCAGGGGGGGCUUGGGUCCAGGUGGCGUCCUUCUUAAGCAGCUGGCAGAGAGGAGCCAAGUUGGCUGAACAGUGGGAGUGAAAAGGGACGGAGACUGGCAGCACAGAUGGGGACAAAGGGAGAAAUCCUGUCCAGGAAAUGUUUGUUGGGAUGUAUUUAUUAAGAAAAAAAUAUCUUACCCCUUUCUCUAACAUAUCUCUGUUCUGUUGACAAGGUUGGUAAAGCAGCCCUCAUGCCUGCCUUUUAAAGUUUUUAUUGUUACUCUUUAAAUUGUACUGUAAAAAAUAAUUAAGGACUUAUUAGUCAGUGUGACAUAACCAGAUAUUAAAAAUGUGCACAGUAAGUCUUUGCACUUUGCACUCACGGCACCUAAUAAUAAUGUACAGAAAAUGACAUUCAGGGAACAGUGUCCCAGGUCGAGAAAAUAAAACUGAAAUUAACGGGAGAUCUUCUCUUUCAUUUUCAGACUGUAUCUUACAUGACUUCUCCUGUGAGUAAAAAUAACAUGGACACUUAAUGCAGAGACCUGCUUAUUAAUUAUACAAACAUUUUAAUGCAGUACCUUUCAGACAUUGAUGGGAGAACUCACUGCAUGCAUUCUCCAUUCAAGUGUUGUUUAAUUUAUGAGAAAGAAAGCUUAAUGUAUUUUAUAUUAAUUACAAAGUGAGAAGAAUCAGCGCCUUAAAAAUGUGAUGACUCUUGAUGCAUAUGAGUGAGAAACGAGAGAAGUUCAUUACUGUGGUACAGAAAUGACAUAAUAUCAGUAACGGAAACAGAGUGGCAAGUCAGCAUCUUAUUGUUUUGAAGUGCAAAAAAUAGAGAACAGUUUACAGUUUUUGUUAAAUAGGGUCACCAACCGUCUUGUUUUUAUAUCCCAUCCUGGCUGUAAUGAAAAUAUGGUCACUGAAGUUUUACUUCACAAGAUGCCCCAUUCCUCAUUUCAGCACAGGCAGCUAGCUCCUUAAAAAUAAAGACUAAAAUUAGAUCUUAGUUCUUGUAAAUUGACUUUUGUUUCUCUACAUCAAUGACUUAAAGGUACAGUGUGUAGAAAUGGAAAUGUUGAGUGGUAUCUAGUGAUCAGGGUCCAGGUUGAGAUGCUCCACUCUCCACACCUCCUGCUUAUGAAGUAAAUGUGGCCCUCUAUAAUGCAUAAUAAGCAUGACCCCCCAUUUUUUUUCAUCUAAAACUGCGCGCUUACUCUCAUGUCUUUGUCUUCCAACUGCUGGAUUUUGCACAGCCAAAGACUGAAUUAAAAACAUGUACAGUAUGUUACUAGUAUGUCUGUUUCUUACCAUAGAAACAUGACAGUGCAAGAUGACAGCCUCCGUGGAAAGGAAUCUGCUCCUAGUUAGAUAUAAAAUUCUCUUUCUGGCCUAUAAAAAAAAAAACAAUACUAUUUUUGUAUUCAGGUAGUUAUGUACUUAUUUAAAUGUAUUUAUGGAAAUAAUAUUCCAUUUCUACCAAGUCUGUUCUGCUGAAUACUACACACUGUAGCUUCAAUAUUCAACUUGAAACCUUGACAACAAGCAUGAAGUCUUUGGCCAAUGACAUCGCAAACAAAACCAAUCACAGCCCAGCUGCCCAAUUACAGACAUAAAACAAACACACGACUAUUUCCUAUUUUGGAAAAGCUCAUUGUCAUUUUCCCUCUAAAUUUAAUAACUGGAUGAUUCUACUGUUUUGUUCUGUUUGUUUUUUCUGGACAGCUCAAGUCACUGUGCACCAAGGAGCAGAAAGCAACGAUGUGGUUAGUGUAAUUUAGCGUAACUGCACAUAAGCAGAGGUAGAGCGGUGUCUGUGUUGGUUUUCCAUGAAUAUCGAGGUGAAAGGAAACCUCUAUCUCGCUGCUGUUUUCCAAUCUCUGAGCAAGGUCGUCUGUGUUUAAUCUGCUCCCAUAACCGAGAGUGAACUAUCUUUCCUUUUUCACAGAUAUGUUCAGUCAAUCUUGUUUUGUGGUUCUGCCAAGACCACACCGCACUGUCAAGAAAACGCCAUAAGGAUGCUUUGAACACAGACAAUUGCUGGCGUGCAUUAAGCAGUUUGACUGUUCUGAGAGCCCCAUGCUCUUUCACGUGUGCAUGUGGACUGCCAAAGCCAAACCAAGCUGAGGUGGACCAGAAGACCACCUACCCUCUGUUUCAUGCAUACAAGGCAGGGAGAGCAGCAGCAAAGAGCUCAGAGCAUAGCAGGCAUCAGUGACAAUACACACAAAACGCAGUGAAAUCAGACACAGCAUAAAAAGGAGAAGCUGGGGUGGAGGUGGGUUGCAAAGUGGUUUGCAGAGUACGCAGCAAGAGUGGGCAGGCUGAAGCACUUUGAACAGAAUACUCAUUUGACAUUAGAUGCUUAGAAAGCAAUUAGAAGGUGUUAGGUAUACUGUGGGCCCAGCUCAACCUUGUGGCCCGCCUGAACUAAAGUUAUGCCUAAUUUUAUCUCAAUAUAAAGAGUUAUUAUAUUCUCUUUUAGCAGUAGUUUUGAGGAGUUGAAAAACCCAUUAAAAACUAUUUUUAACAAUAACAAAAUGAUGUUCUUGAAAAUAUUAUCGCCCUAAAUUCACUCAUACUUAUCAAAUUAUUUCAUGACUCUACAGCUAUAAUACUUGUCUUAUACCUUAAUGCCCAGUUUGCUGUCCUACUACUUCAAUCAUGGCUAUUUAUAGGAUGAAAACACCAGGAGUAAUGCACUGCAAGUGAAAGCCUUUACUUAAAAAGAAAAAUAUAUUGCUGUUUGUGUAUGUUAAUGUUAGAUUUAUUUAUGUUAAGCUAAGGUAAAAGCCUCCUGCCUCUUGCUUCUGUAUUAAUGGACCCUCUGAGAGUUGUUCUGACCUUGUCGUCAAACUGUUGGCAAGAAUUUAAAUAAACCUUUUUAACAUAAUGUCAGAGUAUUCCUUAAGUCUUUAGUAGCAACAAAUGCACUGGACUGGAAGUCUUAAAGCACUAAAGAGAGAUAAACUAAUCUGUUUUUAUCGACAAUAGGGAAGUAUCAGUAUAAACAAUUCAAAUAUCUUGCAAUGUGAGAACAUCUAUUCUUACACUGCUGAAUCUGAGCACUUUAACACUGUUUAACAGAGGAUCCAGUUGGCACAGCAACACAAGUUCUGACAUUUACGUCACGUCCUUCUUUGGCUGCUACUUGCAUUUUGAUCCACUCUGGCCGCCCCAGGCUGUGAGUCAGCAUGACACACAACCCAGCUGCCAAACUGCUAGGUGUUCCUCCUUGCAGCUCUGGCACAACACAGAUUUGCAUUUCAUCUUAUUGUUAUUUUCCUACACUGAGCACCUUGAGUCUGCACAUCGUCCUUUCAGACACGUUAGUCUCCUGAAGAACCUGCACAUAAAACAUCAGGGUGUUUCAUGUAAUUUGCAAACAGGUACAAAAAGAGCGCAUAUGAGCCGAUGCUGCUCCAUCACAACCACCUGCUGUUAAUUCUCUCAUGCUGGACCCCGACAAUCUUCUUCUCUCUGUAGCUCUGCACUGUAAUGCACUCCCACACGGUCUUAUCACAACCACUUUAUUCCAUCCGUAGAAAGAGUGGGAGUGUGUGGUCUCCUGUAUGAGUUAUUGCCGCAGAACAGCAGCAUGAAAUCAGCGUCGGUGGCUUGUGCUCAGUGUGUGGUCCGCUAGCAUUUUUUGAUACACGAAUAGUGUCUCUGAUACUAAAUGUGGUUCCCCCGGAGGGUGGAAAACAAAGAGUGUGAUAGCGCGGUGACGGUGGAAUUACACAGGAUGAAAAACGAAAAUAAAUGAGCAGAAUGAGGGCUAUAAUUCUCACAGCAUCACCUUUGGUUGGCAUGAAUCGCUGUUAUUGCAUGUUGGCAUUCAGUCUUCUGUUUACUAAUUGUAUGAUUAUUAAUAUAUGAAAUAUGAGUUAUAUAACUGCUCCUGAAUUAUAAACAUGAAACAUGAUAUACAACGCGUGCUCUGAAGUGCUGCCCACUUGGUUGAUUGCUGCAGUGUUAUGCAUACAGGUGUCCUUUUUGUGCAAAGCAUCAUACGACAACUUUUGUAAAUACAAAGCUUAAAGGUGGGGUAGGCAGGAUCUGAGGAAGUGCCAGUUUUUGGGAGAAAUCUUGAAUGUAAACACUACCCCUCCCAACCAGUUUUCCCCUCAGCUCCUCCUCUCUCCUCCCUCUCUGCUCCAGUAAGCCCCGCCCACAAACAGACUCUCGUGCUCGCUCGUAUCGUUCCAAUUAAAUUCAGAUAUAAUGCAGAUAAAUACUUCAGAUGAUUACAAAUGGGGCCCAGUCAACGCUAGGUGCUGGGCAAUUGGUAGGAUUGGUGCUACUGUAGAUGCCAACAGACUACCAGCAAAUACAAUGUUUGCAGGACCUCUACAACCAGGAUAAAGUGACAUAGUCCAGGACCCGAGGUAAACAGCUAAGUGGCUAUAAGAAUCACUUCUGUUACAGACACUUGGCUUACUUUGUUAAAGCGGUUUACCUGUCCAGCAGAAAGGUUACAGGGUCCGUAAGAUCUUGAGGCGUCCUCCAUCGUUUAUGCUUCAUUGAUGUUGACCCAGCUUCUUAGCUCUUGUCCGGUCUAUCUCCGUUUUAAGCACCAUUAUUCCACCAGAGUCUCUGGUAUUUACUUCGUUUUCUUGCUUGUGUUGGUGGGAGGAUUCAGACAAUUUUCUGUACUCUCUGGUUGGUUUUUACUGUCCGAUAUUGUAGCACGCUAACUAUGUUUGGGCUUGUGAACAUUAUUCAAGGACGUGGAGCAUGCCUUACUACAUGGGGGAGCAGCGUCCGCCUCACAACCAAUCAGGUCGGGGAGGUGGAGAAUGGCUUCGUUUACAGUCAGAAUGAGCGGCCCUCUCAAAAAUUUGAAAGGUUGACUAAACAGGCACAACUGGCAAUUUCCACCACAUCCGUAACGGCUAUGAAAAGGCUGUAUCCACCGAUCGUAGCUGAUUGUAACCAUUAAAGUGUCAAUUUCCACCAGCUUCUUUCCAUUCUGCUGUGGAUCGCCGGACUCGGCAGCUGAUUGCAAGAGUUGUAUUUUUUCCGGAUGCCGGAGCAUGCCGCAUAAAUUUAGCACAGAUUAACCAGUGCUGGAAAUUCACAGACGGAUCCAGUAGGAAUUGACGUACAGCCGCCAUCAAAUCGCUGCCGUUCCGGAUCGGAGCCGUUUCGGAUGCAGUGGAAAUCCAUGAUAAGAGAGCAAAGUGAUAUUGUCAUAUUCACAAAUGUCAUCAAUAACUAAUAUUGACUGAUAUUAAAAGCUUUUUUGUAAAUACACCACAAAAAAAGAUGCUUUUAACAGAUUCCUCCCUACCCCACCUUUAACUAGUUUCAUGCAUCAUAUACAAACCCACAGUAUGAUGCAGUGUGGAUGACAGGGUUCCCAGUUCAUCCUGUUUAGAUGUCUCCAGCCCUGAGAGGCCAUGUGACAAACGAGCUGCAGUGUGGAGCCAAGAGGCGACUGCGUGACCAUUAGUGAAGGCUGCCUGUCUGCUGUGGGGUCAACACAAUCACAGACCUGCCAGGACUCACAUCCCAUGUCUCCAUCUUCAGACAUCAUUUUUAGAUGACCUUGUGACUACAAUAAAACAUAUGCCUGUUACAAAUCUGUUGGCAAAGAGGCAGGAGGGCACACCAGGGCAAGUGGUGUCAAUUUCUCUCAGGUGAUUUUAGUGAGAAAGGCGCAAGCCUGUUGCUUAGCAGCACUCAGCGGCUGUAUUUUCCCAACGCUUGGUGAAGAGCUUCAUUUUGUAAGGCCUAACUGGGGAUAUAGAGUGACACCUGGGACAGCUUAGAGUCCAAGCUACAGGAUGUGAAUGCAACAUGUCUUUUUGGGACUGUGAUGACCACACCGGAGUUCAGCUGCUGUAAAAAGCUUCCAGUGUAAUCUUCCCGACAGAGGUUUAAUUGGCGCUAUAUUUGGAGUACAGGGGGUUUAUGCUUUGAAGUUAAUGACAGUUAUCAACACAGAGCAGAGAUGAUGCUAUUACUGUGCCCCGGGUUUCCCCUCAUUCUGGUUCAUCUGGUUGAAAAUAACUACAAUUAAUCAUACCUGGAGCAAAAUUAGCAGAAAUUGUAUCCUUCUUUUAACCUAGCAGAAAUAAUUCAAUUUACGUAGCACAAUAUUAUGAAUGUCAUUUACUUUUUUAAUCAAAUGAUCCCUUUUCACUUAAGCAUCAGACAUAAAACAAUUAACUUCUAUAAACAGAUUAAAAACAGGUGCAAAGAAGCUACAGGUGUGCACAGAUGAAAAUAUAAAAAGCUAUAUUAGGACGUCUGAAAAUGGAAUUAAAGGAAAACGCACAUGUUCCAAACUUCGAGGGAUACGUUUUAUCAGUAACAGAUUUUCUUGUAUGAGCUUGACUUCCCCAGUCCAACAUCUAAUAAUUAUGGAAGUGUGUUGUUUUUAGAUAAUCUUAUUAUGGAAAUCAAUCAGUCUUUUUUUUUUUCAACCAUCAUUCAUAAAAAAUGUCAUCUCUCAAGACUUUUAAAGGUACAGUGCCAUGAAAAUGGGACCAUACAGUGAUUUGGAGUGGUCAGACUCUACAUCGAAACGCUCUCCUGCUCACUACCCUCACCCCCACCCUCCAUCGGUUAAGGGACUGUGGCCCUCGAGGACAAUUAGUCUGUCAAGAUUUUACAAACUAUUUUUCACACAUCAACCACUCUCUUCCUCAUUUACCAGCUGAUGCAUUUUGGCUGCUCAAAAUAAAAACAUCUUAUAUUGAUGGAAAGCCUGUUUACUUCCCUUUCCUUUUAAAAUGGUGCCACUUGAUAAUGCAGCAAGAAACCACAGUAAAUAAAGUUGAGUGUGCAUUUUUUUAACAUUUUGAGGCAGUAAAAUGCUCUUUGUGUUUUUGUACCAUUGUAUCUGCAGAGGCUACUGGCUGGAGAUGUUUAAUGUAAUUGGAACUAUCAACAUAUUUGGUAAGGUGUAACCAAGUUUACCGUAAUCACACAUUUUAUCAUGUAGAAUGACUUAUUGACUGUAUACUAAUUUAGACUUUUAACGUCAACCAUCAGCUCUGCUCCAUACAGUUAGUGGAAGACAGACAUUUUUAAAUUAAGAUUUCAGACAAAGCCUCAGCCUUCAGAGCACUUGAUAAAUAUCUAUGGCGAAGGCAGUGUACUAAGCAGAUGUCCUCUAGUGAAACUGAAAUAACCUUAAAUUUAGCUUUUGAGCUGUAAAAUUAGACUCAAACUGUGUGCCGGAGACUUGGAACCUCACCUUCAACGACAGAGGAGAAAUCCAUACGGCCCUGCCCCAUAAUUGUCGGUUAAGACCAAGUAAGCCUGCUCUGCUCAGCACUAAUUACUACCCUUUACAUUAUUGACAGUGCAUAGACAUUCUCCUUCAGUGUUCAUUGUAUUAUUUUACAUUUGGAGUAGCUAUUUCAGGAAAUACCUUUUUUUUUUUUUUUCCAAUUGCUUAUGUUCAAGUAAUCCAGUUGCUUUGCCCGUUUCUGAUAAAUGUAAGUCAAGAAAGUAAUGCAUUCUCCCAGAAACUGAAAUUAUGAAGAGUGCUGUGGGGAUUACAUGAGGCUUAGAAAUGUAGUGGUCGUGUUGGAUAUUAUAAACCAAAUUAAUAUGAUCAUGACUUCGGCUUGUACUUCAGCCAUUACUUUGUUUUCUAACUACAAUAGACAAAUGUUUUGUAGGAAUAAUUUAGUAAUUUUAAUUGUACUUGAAAACAUAAUGCAUCUUGCAAUUUGUUCACUCUCCUAUACAAACAUAAUGUCUAAUUACAAGUUUACAAUUAAAACCAAAACCGAAAUAGGACAAAUAAUAAUUAUAGAAAUAAAGAAAUUAAUUGGUAUCGCACUUCACAUUUUGGCAAUCUUCAAGUGCUACAGGGUAAUAUAAAAACAAUUAAAAGUAAUGCAAUUAAAAUAGGCAAUUAAAAAGAGUCACAUUAAAUAGAUAAUUAAAAAGGAGAACCUAUAUAAGAUGUUUAGCAAAAGGCUUUUUUAAAAGCACUUGUAGACUGUAGGGUCCUCAGGUGGUCAGGGAGGGCACUCUGCAGUCUCCGGGGCAGCAGAGGAAAAGGCCCGAUCCCCCAUGGUGCGGAGUUUGGUUCUGGGGGCUUGGAGGGUGCUUUUGGUUUUAGAACGGGGGAGUAUGUGAGGAGGCCUGGGGGGAAAGGAGAUUAAGGGGGGCACGUCUGUGAAUGCACUGGUGGGUGAGAAGGGAGACCUUGUACUCAGUUCUGAUUGAGACAGGGAGCCAGUGUAGGGGUUUCAGGAUGGGGGUGAUGUGAUCAUGUUUGCGCACUCUCAUUAGGAUCCCAAUAAGGAGUGUAUUACAGUAGUCUAGUCUAGAGGAGACAAAGCCAUGGACCAGCUUUACUGCAUCUGCCAGGGGUUAUCAUCUGUGUAUCAUCUGUGUAACAUCCUAUUGGAGUCUACUUUAGCAUGGCCUUUUUGCAGCAUAUUUGAACAAAUUUACAGUCUGCUGCAUGUUUUUUGGUGUCAAUGCCAUUUUGAAAAAUCUUUGACAACUAGUCAGGGGUUAUUUUUUUUUUGCUUUUCAGUCAUUCAUUUUGAUUGCAAUUGCAGGACAUGGCUGAUCUACUUGAUAGGUGGACAUGCUGUUUGCCAGGCUACAAGGCCAUGGCACUAAAGCCAUCUCUUUUUUUGGUUGCUUUAUUAGCUUGGAGCUAGCCGCUAUAAUAUUCUACACUGGUAAAAGUUCAAUUACUGUGAAGAAAUUUUAAACUACCAGUCUGUGUAUCCUCUUGAGAACAAGUAAAAAGUUCUUAGUCUAAAACUUUCCUUUACUGAGUGAGUACUUUCAUUUAACUCAGGGGAUGGGCAGUGAGGAGGGGUUAAACAGUAAGAUAUGACCCCCAAAUUAUUUUCUGAUUAAGCAUAACCAACUACAAAUGUGUGAAAGGAUACUUUUGACACACCUACCCAGGCUUUAAUUAUUAUUAUCUUUUGUCAUGUUUUUUUUUUUUUUUAAUCUGUAUUUCUUUUAUUUAUUUAUUUAUUUAUUUUUUAAAUUCUUUUUUUUUUUUUUUUUACAAGAAAUUCAUUUAGAUUUUUCAAGCAGUCAAAUGUCAUACGAAUCAAGAGUUGUUGCUGUGGACAACAUGAGAUGGCUUUGGGAAAGUAAAGUUAAUCACUUUGUCACUCAAGAAGAUUAACUUGAGUAAACAUGAUAUGUUACUUUCAACCCUGAUUAGAGUCAACAUUUUCCACAUCUUUGGACUUCAUGACAUGAAAUAAACGGGAGAUGUGACAGAGACUACAUCUAUGUUUUAUACAGUUUAAUCUUGAAGCCUUGUUUUUAGUCAUUAUACAUUUCCCCCCUCAUUGUGAGUCCUGGAUUUGCUUGACAUCCUUCCAUGAAAGUCCACUCGUACUUUUAAAUUGUUUGUGGUAAAGCCAGAGUACCACACAUACUAUUCCUGGAAAAACACUAUUCUGGUUACACUGGUGGUACUCUGGCCCACACAUAGAAAGCUGCCUCUGGUUUCUCUGUCCAAGAAGACAGCAUUCCAACUUCCUGGCAGUUUUAACAAGCUGCAGCUCCAGUCUGAGAUUUAGAUGGCUCCAGGUUGUGAUAUUUUGGUAUGCCACUCAGGAUUUUGCACUGAGCAUCACUGGUGUGCCAUCUCUUGCAAAUACAAAUGCCACCAGGCGAUUUCCCAGGUACUGCAGCAGUCCAGGGUGAACCUCAUGUUUUAGGCCCCUUGAUCAGAGGGUUCAACAAAGGUUUGAGUCUGUGAAAUCCAGAUUAUUCCCAUCUAAAUACCAUUUGGUGGCUGUAAUGUCACGUAAUGUUUGGCCAAUUCCUAUGACUGACACUGUUCAAGAUGGCUGGGGUUGACAGAUAGUAGGUGCUGCAUUUUUUUCCUUUCCCUCUUCAAGGUGUUGUGUGCCGAAUUACUUUCUUUUUCAUAAAUCAAAACUGCAUUUGUACGGCAACCUGAAGGGCAACGGUGACUCUACUGAAACAUUUAUCUCUUGAUAUAAUCAGACAGUGUUUCCCCCUCCACAAGUGAGUUUUAAACCAUGAAUGUAGUGAUUUUGAUCUUUGCUUCAGUUGUGAAACCAUGAUUAUCAAGGUGAUUAUCACUGUACAUUUACAGUUUUGCAAAGUACUUUUGUUUUUUUGGAAUAUAGAUCUAGUGUUGUGUCAGUAUUGCUACAUCAUGUUCUGGUUCUUCUGUAAUGUAUUUCGGCUGAUGACAAAUACAUAACAUCAGAAAAGAAGCAGAUAGUAUGUUAAAGCUGGUGGCCUCUUGUCUUGUCGAGAAUUUCAAUCUUCUCCUCAAGUGUGAAGGUCUCUCAGCAUCUGGAUGUAAAUCCCAUGGAAGAGAAAAACUACCCGAGACUUUUGCAAUGGCUGGGGUUUAGCGAUUUGGAUCAUAUCAAAUAAUCUUAACAGUCACAAUAAUACGUUUUAAUGCUAUCUACCAGCAGUAAUGUAUAUUUUUAUUGUCACCCUGACCAGAUGUAUCUUGUCUGUGCCUCCAUUUUUCCUCACUAGAUUGGGAGCUCUGCAUUUCCGGCCUCAUCUUAACCUCUGCCUGUCUGACUAUUUCCACCAUGUACCCCAUAAUCUUCCCUGUUCUGCCCUCUGCUUCCUCUAUUCUGGCUGGGGGCCUGACACCAAAACUUUAUUAUGAUUCGGUUACAUCAUCACAAACUUUUCUUUAGUGACGUUCCAUAAAUUAUACAAUAUUUUUCUAUCUUUUGCUUUUUACUGGAAAUAUAUCCUUGCCAGGCUAGAGAAAGUUUAAUUUGAUUACCCCUGCGGCUUGAUUCUUGAAAGCUUUUCAUGCUCUUCAUGCUGUCAGACUAACAUGCCCUUUAAAUAUCAUGAAAGCAUUGCACCACUGACUCUUGACUUCAGACCAGGUUUUUGCUGCUCAUAGUCACAGACAUUGCACCACUUUUGUGCCUGAUUACACUUCUCUUUCAGAUCAACACAGCCACUGGCGCAGACCAUUAAGCAACCUCUGGUUUUGAGAAAUAAAGCCUACGCAGAAGUGCGAAAAACUGCAGUUCUUUGAGUGCCCACUAGAGGCUGCUUGCAGAGGCACUGGAAACUAAAUACACACUGAGCCAAAAAAAAAAUAAGCCACCUGAGAAUACUCAAGUUUUAAGAUUGGCAAAUCAGAGGCAGGGCUGACUUGGCUGACACGCUGUAGCUAGUCGCGAAGAGGCUAAAGGCCUACCUCAGAUCGACCAAAAGUUAGGUUGAGUCAGCAUUAUCAACACAAUGACUGCCACUGAUACUUAACAAACAAAUGUAUGUCACCUAGUUCACUUGCUACUCAUUCUGGGUGGAAAAUAACAAAGACACUCGGUGCUGGUUGUAUGAUAGAGCCCUCAGCCUCUCUAAAAUGCUCUUUUUUUUCCUUCUGCUGACUUGUUGCAUAUUAACUUAAAGGGAUAUUCAGGCGUAAAAUUAAUUUAGGGUCAAACACACUGUAACACCUAGUUGACACCCCCUCGAGAGAUGAAUGGUGCCGACCGUUUGCUUCUCUAGUUAUACCAACUUCAGUAACGACUGCAGGAUAGCAAUACACAGCAGUCUGAGGAGCCAUCAACAAACCUCAACCAAAACGCCACUCUAUAGCCACAAAUAAUGCUCAGAACAGCACCUAACCUCAUCAACAGUACAUAUAGGGUCCGAGCUAUAGUACUAGCCACCAAACAUCUUUUUAACUUUGCCUGAUUUCUUUAGCAAAGAGACCAAACACAACUCACCCACUCUCUUCCAGCAACCGCUUGUUUGUAGCGACACCUCGGACCAGUCCGUCAUCGACUGAGGCGGGGUGACGCAGCUCAAGGAAGAACAUUUAUGAUCAUUACUUCAUUGAAAUGCAAUCAGACCGAGACGCUAAAGCAGGAGAACUACCACGUCUGCAGUGCAAAAUGAUUAAUAUGGUGAUUAUUACUUCAAGGAAAUGAUACAGUGACGCUAAGUUAAUUUUCCACCGGAGUAUCUCUUGAGCUAGUUAGGCAAUGUUCCUCCUGUUUUUUUUUUUAAGCAUUACACAAACUUGUCAGCAUUUUGGUUUUCCAGUCCUAACUUUUGUGUAUGCAUCAAUUUAAAAUGAGCAUAAUGCAUUAUCAUCAAAUUCAGAAUUUCAACAUCAGCUAUGUUGUCUAUGCAGUGCUUUCAAUAAAAAUAAACCAUCAUUAUCAUCAUUAACCAUCAUUUACACAGCUAACCAACUUGUUUAGAAUUGGGGUUGUAGAAGGCACAGGUUGCUGUUGAUGCCUUUGACACAUUUCCCAGUUUUCAGUAAAACAUCAGAAAAAUGUACUCCCUGUGGGGGGUCACUGGUGCAGGUGUGGCUCAUAGGUAGAGUGGGCAGCCUCCCACUGAAAGAAUGGCAGUUUGAUCCCCAGGCACUUCUGUCAACAUGUCACGCAGACUACUGAAGCUCACAAAAGAGUCAUGACAAACUAAAAAACCCCAUGCUGUGCUGUGGAUUUAACACCCUGAGGGUAAUUUUAGGUUUCAUUAAUUAUUCCACACGUCAAAAAAAACAUGUACAUUUCUGACCCGAGUAAUCAUCAAAACCAAUCCUUGUGUUUGCUCACCUGCUGUGAACUCAAAUGAUAUCUGCAGCAUGCCGCUCAGGAUUUCACGGUUAACUCGGUUCGUUGUGUUCGUCAGCGGAGAGGCUGUAGCAGCUCUCUCACAGUCUGAGAUCAGUGACAGAGGACAGACACAAACAUCCUUCAGAGGGAGACUUCAAAGACAGCUCACAGCGUGCAUUUAAAAAACACAAAUUAGUGAAGCAGCCUUUCAAAUGAAAUACGAAGUUAUGAUUCGCCUCAAAGGUUGAAGAAGUACAAGUCACCUGUUGAUAAUACACAUCUCCCCCAGGCUGCUUUUAUCACCAAAAUUACUCCCAGGCAGCGUUGAGCUGGGAGCAGAUGUGAAAAGCAAGAGAUUGAGGAGCCGUGUUACAAUGACUAUCUGAUCAGGUGUGUUGUGAGUCACUGUUCAUUAGAAGUUUUCAGAUGUGAGGUGGGCCUCUGAGUCCCCUUAGAGAGAGACAGAGAGAGACAUCUUUCUACGGAUGCAUUUUGAUUUGCCUGCGCUGUUAUGAACAGAGUAAAACUUUUGUUUAAAACACUGUUUAAAAUAAUCUCUUUAUUGCAGGUUGUGGGUUUCACUGGACUUACUUUACAAACCUUCAGCUCCUGAUCAUACAGUAUGUGUCUAUUAAGUAUACUCAAAGUGAAACCAGACAAUACAGUAAUCUGUAUCAUACCUCAUAUAUCCUCAUAGAGCAGGAGAGCUUUUUUCCACUGCUGCUGCUUGACUGACUCAUACAAAACAAAAACAACAAAGUGUUACAUGAUAUAAAAGGAAAUCAUAAAUAGUUAAGCCUCAUUAUUUAAGCUGCACAUGAUUAUUCAACUUGGUUCCGCCUUCCGCCAGUAUACAUUUUUGAAGCCAAAAAGCUCUCGGCAUUUCCGCGAUUUUUCUCCAUUUCCUGAAACCAACAUUGCGCACUGUGUUGUACGCACUUCCCCACUUGCGCAUUCGGCGGGAGAGUUGCCUAGAGACGCUCGGCUCAAACAGCGUAUCCUCCGGGUGAGCUAUGCAAUCUUCGUACGCCUAUAGGCUGUAUCAAGUGUCAAUCAUAGAAAACUUAAACCCCCUAAGAACUUUUAAAAAUGGAGCUGUGCAGAAAAAAAAGGACUUGAGCACAAACCAGUCUUACUGUAACUACAUGUCAACAUCGCAAGCAGGGGGGAAACAUUUAUAUUCUGUGUAAUAAAUUUCUAAAGUUUGUCCACAGCUCCAUAGGGAUUGCUGGAGGAGGCGGAAUUUAUGACCUAUACUGCAGCCUGUCACCAGAGGGUGCUGUUCUCCGGGUGGCUUUACCCAGCAAGGAGGCAGACAGCAUCCAUUCUAUAUACAGUCUAUGGUUAUAUUAAAAAUAACUAACUAACUGUUACUUUUUGUAUUGAAAGAGGUAAACUUGGUAUCAGAUGGGAAUUGAAUGUCACCUUGAUUGAAGUUUGAAGUCUUGCAAAGUUUUACAAAACAAUGAACAUCAGUGCACUGGUUUGUCUCUCUGGUGAUGAUUUGGUCAUUUAUUUAUUUUUUUGUCAUUUUAGUUUCAGUUCAAUAUCUUAAUUUAAGGAAUAAUAAUAAUAUUAAGUUCAAAUUGAAGUACUGUUGAACAAUACAACAUGCACCAACACAGGACUAACUUAAAUGCUCCUUUGUUCUGAAAUGCUCGCUGGAGCGUCACUGAUACCCUUCCAGUCACAUAAUGAUUUUUUUUUUUUUUAACAAGACAGCAACUGUCUGUUACUCUCACCUAUGUUGCCAUUUGUUCUUGUUAAGUCUAAUUUCAGCCCGUGUCUUCUGUCUAUUACACACGGCUGUCUGUUGCUGUUCCCACUGAUUCUCCCUCUGCACUCGCAGCGCCUUCUUGUCUACGUCUCAUUACCAUACUCAGCGAUGGCAUCUCUUGCCUUGCUCGUUCUGUGUGUCCCAUUUCUCGGUGAUGUGUGUUGGUUGGCUUCUGUUCUCUGUAGCCUUAGGGGUUUGUUUGUUGCUCUUCCUGCUGAAUCCUUCACUGCUGCUUGGAUUCAUUGGGGAGUUAAACUCGGAAUAGCUUGUUUCACAAAAUAAGACUCUAACCAUUCAUUGAAAAAAUGGAUUGACUUCCUCUGACAGAAGUGUCAUUGAGGGAAUUACGGUCAAGAUAGGCAUGACAGGACUCAUAUGUGAUAGAUUACACACAGCAUACAUUGGCUGUACCUCAAGGUUUUUAAAGAAUCUCAAAUUCUCCGAGGAGCAAUGGCAACAGCUUCUGAAGGAGGAUACAGAGGAUUACCAGCCUCUCUGUUCAGGCUGCUCAGCUUCUUGUUGAGACUCGACUUUGUGUUCUGUCUGGCUUGUCGCCCCCAAGAAAAAAAAAAAAGCUCUCCAGAGCAAACAGAAAACAGUGGGGACUACAAACUUAAAGUUAUAUUAUCCUGAUUGCAAAUCUACUUCAUUUCAGGUAAAACAUUGCAUUCAUUGCUUGGUAAAACAAAAUGACUUGUUUAUUUAUUAGUCUUUAUUACUGACACACUUGCGAUACUUGUUGAUGCAGUGACCUUGAAAACGUAUCAAACUUUACUCACGGAGAGCAACACCUUUUAUUUUAAAUUUCCUUCUGUUGCUCUCCUCUUUAUUAUCAUCAUUAUUGUCAUUGUUACUGUCAUGUCUAUUUAUUUACUUAUUUUUAACUUCAGAAUAUCUGGAAAACAUAAGUGGUGGGUUUGUCUUUGUCUGGUAAUGGUCUGUUUUGUUAUGGUCUUGUUUUUAGUUUAGACCUGUAUUUGUGAUUUAUGUUUUGGGUUCUACUGUUUUGUUCAGAAUGAGAUGUUUAUUUGAGUAUGAAAGAUGAAUAAAAACACUUUGAUAGUUAUUAUUUCAUGAAAAAAAAAAUAUUAUUAUUAUUAUUGUUGUUGUUGUAAUAAUAAUGAUAGUAAUAAUAAUGAUAAUAAUAAUAAUAACUUUACUUCUGGACAGAAAAUAUACAGAUAAAAACGUCUGAUCUAAAAUACAGGAUUGGUAAAGAAUCGUCUCCAACCUAACCUUGCUUGUGAAGCUUGAGGGGAAGCUUCACAAGCAAAAAUGAAAAAAAAAAAAUGAUAUUUUAGGCAGAAUUGACAUUUGAUUUUUUGCCACAGUGAUUAGAAUUGUAUCUAUUUAAUAAUUUUGUGUAGUAAAAAGUGGGGAAAACCUUGGCCCUGUAGUACAUAAGCAGCUGUUUGUUGAACCUGGAGUUGACUCUAAAACCUGGGCACGGUGCUGUUAAAGCUCCAUGACUCAGGCUUGUAUUUGAUUAUAUUUCUGAAUGAUGUCUCUCACUUUUUAGCCUGGUAGUUGUUAGCUUGUUAGCAUUCAUUGUACACGUGUGUGAUCGCUUAUAGCUUCCUCUUUCAAUUAGCUUAUCACAAAACGAAUAUAUAAAUAACUGCAGCUGCAAAGGUUGGACAAAUGAUGGGGACAAACUUUUGGUGAAGCAAAGCCACUUUUCUAAUGUGACACUGUGGCCUUAUAUAUCUAAGUUCACAAAGUAGAUAUAAAAGGGAUUGUCUCCAACAGUUGCCACACCACCAGUGCAAACAUCGUGUAAUGUUGUUAGCAGCCCAGAUAUUUUGCACUUCCACAGGCACAACAAGAUGGUGAGUUAUUUGUUUAAGUACUGUAGUUGCUCUCACAGGGUUUAUAAUGUGAAAGAAAGAUAAACUUUGAAAGUAACAAGACUGUGACCCAGAAGUUGAUUUGUCAAGUUAAUGGUUGUUGUUCUGUUGUCUUCCUAUUUUCACAUUUUUUUAAAGCUGAUGUUUUCUCUUUAUUUUUCUGUCCUUGUGUUGAAGAUUUUAACCAAAGGCUGAAAAAAGUGGCAGAAGUAGGACAGGUAUAUUAGUCUUACCUAGGGACCUCAGGUGGUACUGAGCACAGUUCAAACAGGUCACAGUAGUCAAUCUCAGCCCUUUACAGUACAUGACCUUAAAGUCAGCCCAUAUCAUUUGGCAGCUCUGCUGAUCCCCAUCCAUCAAAAUGGGCACUUUAUUUUAACUCUAUCAGCCUGCCUUCUCUCGCUGCUUCCUCUGCUACCCCUUUGCAAGCUUGAAAAGACCAGUCUUCUGGGAAAAUAGAGACUUGGUGUACAGCAUCCAAUCCGAUUCACAACUCAAAACACAAGCCACAAAAUACAUUGAAAGCUGGCAUUAAAAUGACAAAACAAACAGUGUAAGUUAUAUGCAUUGCACUGGCCCUGUAUCAAGAAAACUCAAGCACUGAUCUCAUUACUCUAUAGUCAGAUCCCUAAGUUAUUCCGUGCCAUUAGGGAACAAAGAUGCAGCGCCACUGUUGGUUUUGGGUGGUUCAGUAAUCAGCUGUCUGCUAAGAUAUUGAUGUAAAUGUUUCUUCAUAUUUACUUUAGUGGUUGUCAAGCAAUAAAUAAAGUAAUACACUCUUCUUAUUCUACACAAAAAGGCAACAUGGUGCACCGCCUUUCUUUUUGCAUGCGAUAUUGCCUUUGUAUGUGCAUAGUAUUUAAACAUUAUUAGGCAAUUACCCUUAUUGGAAAGAUAAAAAAUGCUCCUUAAGCAAAGCAUGUCAUCCAUCUCAUCACUCUUCAACAUCUGCAUCUUUUAGUUUGGCCUCUCUGCAAAAAUGGGUCUCCAUAGUGCCUGAGUGGUUCAUCUUUUUAGAUGAGGAUGGGCAGGAAAAGCUGAAGAUAGAAAACAACAUCCCAAAUUACUGAGAUGUUGAUAUGGACUGGAUUAAUAUUGUCUGUGGACCUCUGCAUGUUUCUAAAAUGGUAGGUGAGAGAUUGCAGACAUGGUCCGUUCACACAGGAUUAAAAACACAGAUAUCCUCUGCAAUAAUUAAAAAAAAUACAAGAGGUCCUUGGAUGAUACUAAUCCUGUGUAAAUGGAGCUUUAAUUGAAGUAUAACUGUUGAAUGUUAAUUGUAGUUAUGUGCCUCAAAUUACAUGAUCUUUCCAGUACAAAUUCUUAUUUUCCCCCAUUUUUUUUCUGAUGUCAUACAGCCUUGGUUUCAGCUUUCUAAAGAUGUUGCAAAACACAAAUCGUAUGUUCAAAAAAUUUGACUCAAACUUUUACUGUCUUGGUUGAUGAAAUGGUAGUAUGUCUAGUAUGUAGUAUCUAUCCCCGUAAAGCCUAUUUGACCACCUGCACAAUCUAUGAUGUGUCUGACCGCUUGUGUGAAGGAAGAUCUGACUUAAAGAGGCAUUCAGUCUUUUUUUUUUUUUGGAGUCAGCAGCUCGUCCCCAUUAGUAAAGCAACAUCUUCUCCCGCACACUCAUACAGCUUUCUUUUUGCCCCAAGCUAAAACUAAGGGUGAGAACAGGUGGGGAUGAAAAUCUACUUUCUCCAUCUUUUAUUCUCUUUCUAUUGAUUAAAUUUGACUUUCUGUUCUGUGGGUGCCACCCCUCUUGAAGUAACGCUCAAGAAUACUUCUCCUUUUUGCAACCAAACCGGCAGCAUUAGAGGAGCUGCUUUCUGAGCUGGAGAUUUCUUUUUUUCUCUGGAACAUCCCACAGCUCACAAAAAAUAGAAAAGUUACUGUUUGAGUCAUUUUUUCAUUAUAUAAGUUGGUCACUGAAAGCAGCAGAAACGGGUCUGCAUUUUUAAACUAAAGUCUAAGGAUGAUUGUGAUCUGUUUUUCCAAUGCCUUGCUUUUUUGUAUAUCACCAGAUAACAGCAUUGUAAGAAAGCACUUACAAUGUAAAUGCGAUCUUUCUAAGUGGCUGGCGGGCAUCUUUGUCUGAAAUUGCUCGAAAUGCCUCUUUAUCCACAAUAAAUUUCAUGUUUGGCGUUUUCCCCCUGAACAGACCUGAGAUUACUUAAAGCUGAUAGACCUUUCCCAUUAUGCUACCAUAGCGAAGUGGAAUUGAAGGAGGACUUUGAGUGUUUCACAAAGCAGUUAUAGCGAACGACUCCCUAUCUGCAGAAGGUAACCAUGGUGUUCCCACUUCCAAGACACAUAAAGCUCCUGUCAGCGAUGUGGUGAAGACUGAGGCUGAGAGCUGAACAAGGUGAUCUCGCCUCUGUGCUCCGUGCUCUUCUUGACCUUCAUUAAAAUGCUAUGGCUGGGAGCAAUUAAUACUAUAGGGGCACCUGAAAUAGAACGGGGUGGAUUAACCUGUGGAUCAAACAAGAUAAAGAUGGUGGUUUGAGCAACUGGUGGACACUUGUAGAGUAACUACCAGGCUGUAUGUGGGUGCUAAUGAGGGACUACCUUGAUGCAGUUAUAAUUAAUGGAUGAUACUCAUUGUUUAACCAAGGAAGACAAAAGGAGAUAUGUAAUAUGUUACUCUAUGUUAAAAAAUAUAAUGUUUUUCAUCAGAUGAAAAAGAUGCAAAUAGCAGGAAUUUCAUCAUAAAGAUUUUCAACCACCUGAGGAGGAGGUGUCAGUCCUCCAGGGUGAAGGACCAACAGCUCACUUAGCAGCUCAGUAUAUCUCUGUCUGCCACAACCUGAGGGCCUCACGCACGCACGCACGCACGCACGCACGCACGCACGCACGCACGCACGCACGCACACACACAUUUGAUUGUAUUUGAUUCAUUCACAGCAUUUCAUUCAAAUGUAUUAAUGUUAUCAAUCAAAUAGGGGUGGGGCGAUAUGGUUUUCUCCCAAUUCAAAUCUUUUAUGAUUUUUUGGUUGCCGAUUUGAUUUAAAUUGCGAUUCUACGAUAGUGUUGGUUUUCUCGAUCUUUAGUCUGUAUUUUUAGUAAAACAGUAGAUUAAUUAUGAUGAUCUACUGACUAUUCCAGGAACCACAUUUCCCCCCAAAAUACACAUCACAUGUAAGUCAGUUUUUUAGAUUUAUUCUGAAAUUUGAUGAAAAAAAAAAGUUUUUUUUUUAUUUUUUUUUUUACAUAAAAUCUAUUUAAAAAUUGUUAAACAAGAAAUCGUGAUACUUAUGUGAAUCAAUUUUUUCUCCCACCCCUACAAUCAAAUAUAUAUUUCAUCAUGUAAUCAUUGAUUAUUGAUUAUUGAUGAAAGAGUAAUUUUGUUUAUGGUUUGCUGAGGUUGUUCUGACUUUCACACCUUUAAAGCUCAUUUGAAUUGUUUUGUGUGUUCUGUCCUUUGUUUCCUCUCCCUUUUGUGUAGACAUCAGUUCUACCCGUGUCUUGUCAUUCUCACCUAUUGCUCAUAUCCUUGAGAGUGUAUUGUCUCUGUCUUUCCCUUCUGUUAGUUUAUUGUCUAUGUCUGUGUCAAUGUUUAUGCAUGGUCCUUCCAGUCUUCCUCCUUUUGUUGCCUUUGUAUCUCUUUGCCUCCUCAGCCUUUCAUAGUUUUGGUUUUGCAGUUUUUGAUUGGACUUUCUGAAAGUGAGGUUUAAGGUCUAUCGUUAUCUUUGUUUAAGUUGUAAUCCUUGACAUAAAGUUUUAACAUGUCAACUAAAGAAGUUAUGCCUAAAUUAAGUAACUACUGUAUGUCCUACAUAGACACAUGAAUGUCCUUCUGCUGUUUUGAUUAUUUUCAUGACAGGUAUCUUUGUAGACUCGUAGUCGUUCAGGGUGUACUUUGUGUCUCGUCCAAUAGCAGCUGAGAAAAGCUCCAACCCCCCAGCCAACCCUCCAACACCCUUAACAGGGAAGUGGUUCAGAUAAUCGAUGAAUGGGUUCUUAAAAUCAAUGACAUGAAGGAUGUUUGUGAGAAUAUAACCUUUAUUUUAUCUUAUUUCUCAAUAAUAGUUAUGAAACACAGAGACUGUGAUAUAGAGCUAAAUUGCUUGCAGAAGCAGGCUGAGUCAUAGGAUCGCAGAUGAGAGGCUGUUUGAUCCAAGUGUCUGAACUGCUCUUUCAGGGUCUUGACUGUUUGUUUAUUCAUUCAGCCCUGAUGAGACUGUUCCCCUUUAUACUAUCAAAGGUAAGAUGUAUUUAAUUUAUCAUAAUAGAGUGAUAUAAUGAUUGGAUUGAGGCAGCAUGCUGCGUUAAUUUUAGUAUUUGAGCAACAGUGACUCACUGUCACUCUCACAGACCUAUGGAGCUCACAUUGUGGGUGUGAGCAGACAUCCAAAAUAAGUCAUAGUAAAGUGGAUCGGAGCCAAACAAAAGUUGAGUCAUGCAGUUUAUGAUGAAAGCUGCCUUGCUUAUUAAUAAUGAGUAAAUAUAAGAGGCACUUAGGAUAUGACUGUGGAUUGAAUUUUGUAACAGUGGGUAAAAAAUAGUCCCACUUUUGCAUCAGCUGGUUGCAAAGUUGUGAUAUAUGUUAACAUGGCGAUAAAAAAUUAUUUUAGUUCUGUUUUUUUUUACACCCUCAGGUUAACACUUUUGUUUUAAGGACCCUUUUGCUAUUUAUUUUGCGGGUUUUUGCCUUUAUUUGGAGAAGACAAGACAGAGGACAGAGUGGAAAACAGGGUAAGACAGCAGGGAGUGAUAUGCAGUAAAGGAGUUACAGCCUGGAAGCGAAUCUAUGCAUAACCUCCGUAUUUGAGGUGCACAUGUAGACCGCCUGCAGUGCCCAAAUUUUAGGAAGAUUUAUAAAAAUAGUAAAAAAGGAUUGUGCAAAGAUGUUUAAACCCUUGGGGAACAAGAAUGUGCUCCUGAAUUUUCAAACAGUUUCAGAGAUUUAACUUUGAAUUCACAUUUGUUUACCCCUUUUUUAAAGCGUGUUCCUUUGGACAAGAGGGUGGAGCUAAAAAGGACCACGAGGUUAACAGUCACUGAAUUUCAAAAGCUAUAGUUUAAUGCAGAUGCUGAAUGUUAACUGUCAGUAAAGAAUUGUGAGAGGAGGGUGGACAACAGAAACAAGAUAUUUUUUUCAUUACUUCAAGCCUUUUAUGCAGGAAGAAACAAUCCCUCCUCCCAUGCGGAGGCCGACAGAUAUAAGGUACACUAGAUAAGCCAACAAGCCAGGUGUGCUCUGUAUAGACAGUAAUACAUGCUAAUUAUUGCUUUCAUACUUGAAUCUAUCUCCUGAAAAAAUAAAUUAUAAUUAUAAUUAAAAAAAUCAUACUGUUUGUUAUGCAACAAAGGGAGCUUUACAAUUGAAUAAGAUUUGUAUCAAAGGCUUUUAAAUUAAAUUCCUGCAUGCAAUUUAAUUAUUCAGUCCUUGAAGUUGGCACUUUAUAUUGGCAUUAUAGCACUUGAUGCUUGAGAUAAACAGUUCUUGUUUUUAACUAUCAUUGUGUUGAUUGCUGUGAUAUUUGGCACAUUUUCAUGUUGUCCUUUGGUUGAAUUCUGUCUUUUCAAUGGCAUCGUCAUGUUCAAUUGUAGUUCAGCUUUGUCUUGAUUUGGAAAAAAAAAGACAUUCCUGCCAUACCAAUGAUGUUCUCAUACCUCCUGCUGCAUGAUGUGCUUGAGGUUAAUGUGAAGAUAAUGGCAUGUCAGAAUUGAGACAGUGAACAUGCAGCACGUUAUACCUAUUCAUAUUCAUUUCUAUAUUAGGAUGAUCUCUUUUCACUUUCUGCCCCUGUCUAAUCACCUGCAGAAUCUGACGCAUGCUCUGCAGGUGAUCAGAGAGAAAGAGAGAGAGAGAAAGAGACUUCCUUUAAAGCAACCCUCCUGAUUGAGGUAUGAAGUCUACGAAAGAGGAUUAGGGCCACAUGAAGAGAAAAAAUGAAUUACAGGAGGAGAUUAAAUUCAAAAUUUCAAGAUUAAAAGUUGAAAUUUCGAGAUUAAAGUCAAAAUUUUGAGAUUAAAGUCGACAUGAAUACAGUUGACAUUUCGACUCUUUUGAAUUUCGACUUGAAUCUCAAAAUGGAAAUAAAAAAAAAUUCCCUCCAGUAAUUUUUUUUCUCUUCUUGUGGCCCUAAUCCUCUUUUGUAAAGGUGUCAUAUAUAAUGUCAACUAGAGAUGUGACAUUCACGAACGAGUCAGUUAUUUAAACGUCUCUUUUAAGUGAACGAUGAGAACUCUUUCACACUGAUGAGUCGUUUGUUUGCAAGCCAUUUUCAAAUGCAAGUUGCCCAUGCAGCCUUCCCAUGUCAUCUGUGUGCUCCAAACCCCAGGUAGUUAUCAGUCAUCUGUGUUCUGCUUAGUUUUUACUGCGCUACAAAGUUUUUUAGUUUUUUAAGGUGAUGGAAAAAUUCAAAAUAGUGAUCUCAUUGUUAAAGCAUUGGGUUAUGGCAUCACCUUAUGUAUUGUUUACAAUGAAAACACAAUCCAAAUGAAAUUUUAAUCAAAAUUUUAAAAUAAUUCCCACCCACGUGUAGCCCUGGUUGACUUCUAAAAAAUAAAUAAAUAUAACAGUGAGCCAGUCUUUUGAACAGCUCUUUGAAAAGGAACGACUCCUCAAGAUCCGACUCCCUUCAAAGAGCCAUAAAUCCCUUCUCUAAUAUAACCUUCUUAUGUUUUUCUCCUGCUUUAAUACAAGGUAAAAGAAAUAAAAUAAAAGUGCCACACUAUUUCAAAUUAAGAACAGCAAGUUGAUGCUGAUAUUGAAUAUUAUAAAAGGGUUAAACACAGAAAAGAGAAACGGGAGAAGGCGCGGCAGAGCGUGCUGCUGUGUUAAAAGAGGGUAAAGCUCUUGAUGGUGAUAAGAGCUGGUAAAAAUAUGCAAAUCAGAGUUUUUAAUGUAUCAGAGUAACCUAAUAUAGAACCAAUGGACAGAUGACAUAACUGAAUAAGGAUAAUCUAUUCAAGUUCUCUCAGUGGAGUCCUUUGCCACCUCUCAACCUCUCCCAUCAGAUGUUGAGCAUCGUUUUCAUAGAAACUCUGAUCAGCUUGUUCAUGAAAACAUCCUGCAGCUGCUAAAAUGGCUCAAUAUUUUUCUUUGCUUUUUGCAGGUUUUGUAAAAAAAAAAAAAAAAAAAAAGAUUGUGCAGUGAAAGGGUAUCAAGCCAAAAUUUAUUCCUCUUCCUACUCCAGAUGACACUAAAAAUAUUUUCAGGAGGCACCUUGUGUCGAUGUGAUAUCACACAUCCCACUCCGGUUUGUUCAAACAUUUCAAAGACUGACUCAACAGAUGUGCAGUGAUACAGAAAAACCUGUUCAAAUCGAAAACUCUGUCAGACCUUUCUGCACUGAACUGAACUGCAGUGAUGAUUUCUGCUGCUCACUUUGAGAUACAAGGAAAAUGAUUCUUUAACCUUAUUUUACUGUUUACGUCUCAGCAGAUGGCAUGCCUUUUUUUUCCUUUUACACGUUUUGAUUGCCAGGCUUUGACAGAUUUGCUGUAACUGUUGUAAAUUGUUUUAUCUGCAGUUAUUACAAAUAUUUUAAGUCACCAAAUCACUUUUACGGACAAUACCCCAUCAGAUCAUUUAAAUCUCAACCAGUGGAUUGUGGAGCUCUUCUCUGUUACAAUCACACUGUCUGUGUUGGCAUGUAUUUAUUAUUGUCAAUCACUCUUUACCCCACUGCACGGCUCAUUUUUUUCAAUAAUGCACUUCUGUCUUGUGUAUGUAAGUUAAAAGUCUAGUUCGAGCUUGUACUUAGUUUGUCAUUUUUGUAACACAUCAUGUUUAAUGUUUGUACAUAGAGGGCAAAGUUUAAGAGGCAAGGAGGCUAAUGCUGUAAUCAAAGAGCUAAUUGACCUCUGACCUCUGGAGAACUGUCAACUGAGUAAGUCUGAGAACACAGCUGGUCAUAACAGCCUGAGAAAAUGAGGACAUAGUGAGAAAAAGUUAAUGUAGUGGUCGAUACACUGAAACCUCUGUGUGUAACAAAGGCAGGACACACAGACGUGAAGGAGUUCUGAGUGGAUUUUGCAAGACGAUCGAACGAGAAAUGAAGAAAGAGUUCAGAGUUCAGGAACUUUAAGGAAGACAUUCACCAGAAUCUGAGUGGGAUCAGAGCAGAACUGAAAAACACAGAGAGAUGGUUUAAGUGGAGAAAUGAGUGAACAAGGUUUAGGAGUGGAAUGCUAACGUAAAGGAUGUGCUUCUCUGAGGCCCAAUCCUGCAGAAAUGUCUUCUGGGUCUUGAAAUCCCCAAGAGAGAGGUCACACCUUUGGGACACCCUGCAAGAGACUGGGGAGAUCAACAGGUCUUCAAGGCAGCACAGACUGUACAGUUGAGUAAAUGACGCCUAUCUCUAUAAUGCAUUAUAAAUAUAUGUGUAAUGCGUUAAAAUCAUGUUAUAGCACUGUAUGACUAUAGUUAUAAACACUCAUUAACAAUCACUUACUAGGUCAGGUAUUAUAAUAUGUUAUAACUGUUAACAACAGUCGCAUUGCAUUAUCUAUGUGGGCAUUGUCAGUAUGUUGUUAACAGUUAUAACACAUUAUAAUACCUGACCUUGUAAGUCAUGAUAAAAUGCUCUAUAAUGUGCUAUAAUUAUUGCUAUCAAUCAAUCAAUCAAUCAAAUUUUAUUUAUAUAGCACUUUACAAUAUCCCAAAUGGUACCCAAAGUGCUUUACAUAAAAGCAAUAAAAUAACACAAGAAAAAAUACCAUUAUAAAAUAAUACAAUAGAAUAGAAUAAUACAAGAACGAUGAAAUAAUAAAAAUGAAUAUGAAAAUAAAAUAAUACAAUAAAAUAGUAUGUAGAAGUGCUAAAAAACCUAUAAGUACGGGACUACCUAGUCAGAGUUAAAAGCAAGUCUAAAAAGGUGCGUCUUUAACUUUGAUUUAAAUAAACUGAGGUCAGUGGUGGUGCGUACAUCUAGCGGCAGUCUGUUCCACAGCCUAGGAGCUGCAACAGCAAAAGAACGAUCACCCCACUGUUUGAGUUUUGACCUCGGGACCUCCAACAGGCGCUGACCGGAGGAACGGAGGGCCCUGCCAUGAUCGCGAACAGUUAAAAUCUCUGACAGGUAGGAGGGGGCCAGGCCAUUUAUGGCAUAAAAAGUAAAUAAUAAAAGUUUAAAGUCAAUUCUAAAACAAACUGGAAGCCAGUGUAGCGAAGACAGCACAGGGGUGAUGUGUUCACGCCUAGACGUGCCCGUUAAAAAUCGUGCAGCAGCGUUCUGUACAAGCUGGAGACGGGAGAUUAAAGACUGGCUGAGGCCAACAUAAAGGGCAUUACAAUAGUCCAGCCUGGAACUGAUGAAGGCAUGGAUUGCCUUCUCGAGGUCCUGCCGACUUAAAAAGGACUUCACUUUGGCCAGGAGACGCAGUUGAAAAAAGCUGGUACUGACGACAGAUCUAAUCUGUUUAUCGAACUUAAGUCCACUGUCAAAUGUUACCCCAAGAUUCUUUACAUGUGGCUUGAAAAAAGGCGCCAGAUUUCCAGAGUCUGUAAUCGAAACGUUUGAUAUCGAUGGCGUGCCAAAUAAAAUACACUCAGUUUUGCUGUCAUUUAGGUGCUCAUAUAGCUAUAAAGCAUUAUGAUCAUUUAUGAGUGUUUAUAACUAUAAAGUGAUUAUAACGCAUUGUACAUACAUUUAUAAUGCGUUAUAGAAAUAGGCGUCAAGUAAAGUGUUACCUAAAAUUGAUACCAAUCUGAAUCAUUAAUCUCAUAAAGCUGUUUGUUUUUUACUUAUAUUAUUUUUUAAAGUUUGUGGUUGUUUCUUUUCUCUUUGUAUUUCAACUUAUUUACAAAUCAUUAAUAAUAUAGUAAAAAAAAAAAAGGGUGCUAGAGAUGUGAGUAUAGAUUAAAAUGUAUGUCAGUUCUUCUUGUUCACUCUCUUCAGAAUGACUGCAUCGUAUCGACAAAGAUGACUCCUUCAUUUUCUGACUGAUUAUGUAAUAGUUGAGUGACCUGUCUGUGCUUUUAUUAUUUAGGACUGUUAUCCUCUCUCCAGCGCUCCAGGCACUGCUCUGAACACAAGCCUUCACCUGUGCACACAUAAGCACAAAUGCACCUGUGCUUUGCAGGGCUCUGCGUGGCUCAGCAAAUAUGUCUGUUCCCAAGACAACAGCAGAUAAUAGAGUCAUUAAAAGAGGACAAACAGAUUACACAGUUCAGCACUGCCACAGAAAAUCUCACAUCCCAUCAACAAUAUCAGAGAAAUACUUCAGGAGAAUGGCUUUGAAAAGAUGAAUAACUCCAUUCCCCUUUUUGCACCUGUUUACAUCUGAAGGAUCACUUUGUUUUCUAUUACAUAACAGACCACAGAAAUGACUCUGUGCAGCAGAUAUUUACUCCGAGGAAACAAGAGUCCCAAGAGGGAAAUACAAACUAAAAGCUCUCUUGAACUUAUAGUCAAACGGUCUUGAAUCUUUUCAUGAUUGACCGUCUUGGAUUUAAAUGGAUAUCUAUAUAUUUGUUGACAUGAUAAGAAAUGUCAUGCAGAACUUUCAAACUAAUGUAUUUCUCUUGGAAGUAAAUUUUAUGCCUUUGAGACAAAAAGGCCUUUAGGAGUCCAGUUACAGAAAUUUUACAGAAUCAUGAAUGUAAAAAGGUGUAUAAAGGAUAAUUAUGGUGUUACUUUUUGAAAAUUAUGGGACUUGUUUCUAUUUAUAUUGUAAAUGUCAGAAAACUGAUCUUGAAAAUGUGAAAAGUAUGAGAUCAAUAGAGUAAUGAAUGUUUAAGUUUUAACACGUCAUUUUAAAAUUCAAAUUUUUUUGGACGGGGCACAUGCAAAAUCUUAAUAGUGGUGAGUGUUAAAAGAUAAAAGCAAUAAUGACACAACUAUACAUUUUUGUAAGUGUAGUUCCUUUUGACCCGAUACAUUUAGUAGUGUGUGGUUUGACCCAUUUAGCCCAAGAUCUACUUUAAAAGUCAUCAGUCUGCCAAGAUCUACCUCUUCAGUUUCAGCAUUACAACAUAUAAACACAUGCGGACUGAGACUGAGACACUUCCUCGGUAGUCAAUAUAAACCAAAACAAAAGAAAGUAGUAAACCAGAUACAGGUCUGUAGGAUGGAUGGAAAAAUUAAAAAUUAUGUACAUUUAUAUGUAUGUUUACUAUGUAAGUACAUUUUUAUUUUUACAUUUUUACAUUUUAUUUUCACAAUUAAAGCAUCAUCAGCCAUUUCUGUGCUCCGACAGUGUGGCUGGCUAACUCAAUGAUUGACAACCAUCCACUACCUCUCACACCCACACCUCAACAGGUCCAUGCUAUGUCGCUAGGCAACGUGCCUAGAGUGCCAUCCAAGCUCAACAAGUAGCCAACAGGAAAAAACUGUGAUGUGUUGAAGUCAGUUUAUUCUUCUGUAUUGUAGUCAAGUCAAUCUGACAGGACAUGAUUAUGCAGACAUGGAAAUGAUGAUACACAUUACCAAUGAAUAUUAAAGCACAACUCCUUUGUGAUUGUCUGCAGUCGAUUAGUCUAUCAUUGAUCUGUCCAGCUGCACUGUGGAGAUGAUUCAUAUUCGAGAGCAACUGGUGGGCACGGCUUUCGUGCACUCCGCCAACAUGCCCCCCAGCGUACUAGAGCAGAGACAGCAUGGUUUUGUGACCUGAUAUGGCAUUUUCACAUUUUGGCUGGGUAGUAGAUGACACAUUGUUCUCCGCAUUACACAGAAUUUUACUGAUAUCAAGUAAUUCACCUGCUGUGCCAAUGCUUCUUCGUAUUUUUGUAGGCAGAAAGCUACCUUUUCUAACUUGAUUAUUUCACUGUUCCAGUAAUCCCUUCCUUAUGAAUUGGUGUAUUUAUCUUACAGUUACUCGUGAUUACUUUAUUUGUGUCCAAGCAGCAGGACAGAAAAUAUUCAAUUUCUUUAAAGAUACAACGUUAUCUGAGGGGAAUUUGCUUGUGUUGUUAUUGACCUGCCAGCUCUCAUUUUGGUGCAGUCCAAUAGCAAUUGCUGUUGUGUUCAACUUUUUGGCAAUAUAUUUUUUGGGGGUUUAAGAACAUUGUCAACUUUCAGUGAAAAAGUAGGAAUAUUUAGUUUUGAUGGCAAGCUGUAGAAUAUAUUAAGACACAUUUUAUUUGUAAUUUAAAAACAGGGGAAUAAACUACAUGACAUAAAGAAAAGUGGUGACCCUGCAGUUGGCAGUAACACUGAGAUCUGAUUCCAGCAGGGGGGGCUGAUGAGAGUCAAUGUUGUACAGAGACCUCACAUGACAUCAGUAUUAUGUCUUAAAAUGCAAAACAUAAUUUGGAGGAGGUGGCCUAUCCAUGGGGCAGAUUUGUGCUCAUCUGUCUGCAUGGUUAUAUCAUAGUGCAAAUCCAAUCAAAGUUGUAAUUUCUUCACAGCUGCCAGUGUAAUUCAUUAUGUCCUAAUUACUGUGCAAGAACAAAUUUCAGCAAUAAGAAUCAAUAUCAAUUAAUCUGCUUGUCUUGAACAAAGGAGGGAGGAAAACUGAUGGCUGGUAGAAUACAAAUCUGUGUUUAUGUGAUCAGGAUUGCCAUCAGCAGGUUUUGCUAUAUUUUGCACCUGAUGUUUGCUUUUAUAAGUAUUAAUUUUCUGAAGCCAUACAUAGAAUUUUUUUGUCUUUUUCGUAGCUUGUACAAUUUAGAACAAAUUUUAUGUGGAAACAACCCGAAAGUAUUUUUCAUGAACUCUCUUUUUUCAUGGUAAAGCUAAUCAAUAGUAACGUAUUUGUAUCAUAUUUGGUUUGCUUACCUGUCACGUUCAAUUUUAUAUCUUCUGAUGUGUCCCGUUCUUACAUGACGUGGUUAUGAAAUAGAAAUAAACCUGCGACAUGUCUUGCUAAUUAUGUGGCUAACAACUAAGAAUACAAACAAGUUGAUACUGAGUAUUUUAUUGAUUUACAAACAGUUAAUUUGUGAAGCUUAAAUAAAGAUCCACUGAUUUUGUUCCCAACUAGUCCUCCAAACACUGCAGGAACCUAAACUAUAAUGUGUUUUGUGGUUAUUAGUGUCUGUUUUCCUUAAUUUGGUUGUUCCCUUUUACAGUCCUAAUAAUUUCUGUUUUCCUCUCUGUUGGUAAAUGUUUAACCACCAAUCUAUAGUCUGUACCCUUUAAAGAAACUGACAGUUGUAUAAAAAUGACCUUUUAUGGUGUGUGCUGAUGCUGUCACCAAAUGAUGUGUUGACGACAAAGUGGAAAUCGUGAACUAUGUAAAUGUGUUGUAAAACUUUUCAUGGAUAGAUUUGAUAUGAUGUGUGUAAUGUGUCAGCUUGUUCCUGACAUCUCCUCUCUUGCUGGCCAGUAUGUAUUACUGUUGUUAUGAGGUUUUGACCAAUCAGAAUCAAGCAUUAAACACAGGUAGUAAAUACAGUUGCACUUUUUGUCUCUCAGCAAUCAAACCAUUUUACAACACCUUAAGUAUUGAAACCAUAGACUGUAUAUAGAAUGGACGCCAUCUGCCUCCUUGCUGGGUGAAGCCACCGCGAGAACAGCACCCUCUGGUGACGGGCUGCAAUAUAGGUCAUAAGUCCCGCCUUCUCCAGCCAUCCCUUUGAAGCUAUGGACAAACUUGAGAAAUUUAUUACACAGAAAAUACCCCCCCCCCCCCCCCCCCCGUCGGGAUGUUGAAAUGUAGUUAUUGUAAGACUGGUUUGUGCUCAAGUCCUCUUUAUUUCUCUACAGCUCCGUUUUUAAAAGUUAUUAGGGGGUUCAUGUUUUCUAUGAUUGACACUUGAUACAGCCUAUAGGUGUACGAAGAUUGCGUAGCUCACUUGGGGAGAUACAGUGUUUGAGCAGAGCGUCAUCACGGUGACUCUCCUGCCGCAUGCGUACAAUGCUACUGCACAAUGUUGGUUUCAGGAAAUGGAAAAAAAAACCUGGAAAUACAGAGAGAUUUUUGGCUUCAAAUCUGUAUACUGGCGGAAGGCGAAACCAAGUUGUCCAUAGUAUAUACAGUCUAUGAUUGAAACAUGCUAAGAAUACAUCAUUAACAUUUACAUGGAGUCGUGACACAAACCUACCAUUGAGCUCACUUUGGUGAAAUAAAGGUUCAAGUUUUAGGAUGAAACGACUUUAUUCCAGAGUCAAUCAAAAGCCUUUGACACCACACUGCUUCUUACAGCACAAGUACAAAGUGUUUAUUUUAAAUCCAAAGCCAAUGAGACAUAUUGUACUCUAAGCACUCUGGUUGCAAAUCAGAUAGCUAAAGCUGAGGGAUUUAUUUUAUUUUUUUGUAAGUGCAUGACUAAACACAUGCAUGAGUGGGUAGACAACCAUAUGGGAAAAGACAGAAUCAAUAUUUGAGAGAUCAAAACACAGAACUUGCUCAGGACAUAUCUAAAAUAGAUAAAUAAAUAAGUUUUAAAAAAUGCUCCACACUGCACCAAAAAUAUUAUGUCUCCUUCUGGAGGCGGCUGUUGAAGUGAUACACAUGCCAACUGAUGGUGGGUGUUUCUUGGCUACAGUUUUGGUGUUUAAUGCUCACAGUUAUGGUCUGUGCUAGAGGAAAGAUAAUCAAUAUGACACUGUUUUCAGCUCUGUAUAUUUAAAAGCAGUCGUCUUCAUUCAUACUGUAAUCUCUGAAGUAUCCGAGUAUCCUGUAAAGCGCAUAAAAUGAUUUAUAAUGCAUUUAAAAAUUAGAACUCAUUCAGUGUAUAAACCCUAUUGUUAAACACAUGGGUUGAAUCUGAGCAGUCUGUUUGUGUGUGAGUCAGCAGUUUGUGGCCUAAAGAUAAAGUUUAAUUUAGCUAAAAGCCUUACUGGCUCCCCCAUGACUUCUUUUCAAUCCCUCCUCCAAACUCCGGAAACUUUGGACUAAUUGGACGCCCCAUUUGCCAUAAUCUUUGAGCCCAAAUAAGAUUAAUGAGCAGGCACAUUUCUGAACAUGCACCUAUUCAAUACCUCUUCUGGCAGUGCUCACAGACUCUCAGAGAGAUUUCUUGCUUUGUCAUGUUUGUAAACAACAGUUAAUCUGGGACUUUUUCAGAGGUUGGUAGUGUUCAUGACCUUACAGACGCUCUAUAGUGUGGAAUAUGUCCCCGUCACUAACUCCUGCUGUCUGUCUUCUCUUUUCCCAGGCUAUGGGCAUGCAGCACCGGGGACAGACGCAGGGAAAGCCUUUUGCAUGUUUUAUGCCGUCCUGGGAAUCCCUCUGACUCUUGUCAUGUUCCAAAGUCUGGGCGAAAGGAUGAACACUUUUGUCAAGUACCUCCUGAAGCGGAUAAAGAAGUGCUGCGGCAUGAGCAUCACUGAGGUGUCCAUGGAGAACAUGGUGACUGUAGGAUUUUUCUCCUGCGUUGGCACAUUGUGCAUCGGGGCUGCUGCCUUCUCCCAUUACGAGGACUGGAGCUUCUUUCAGUCAUAUUAUUACUGCUUCAUCACAUUAACAACUAUAGGCUUUGGGGACUUUGUGGCCCUUCAAAAAAACCGUGCCCUCCAGAAGAAGCCGCUGUAUGUUGCCUUUAGCUUCAUGUAUAUUCUGGUGGGCCUGACAGUCAUCGGGGCCUUCUUAAACCUGGUGGUGCUCCGCUUCCUGACUAUGAACAGUGAGGACGAACGGCGGGAUGCGGAAGAACGAGCCUCGCUAGCCGGCAACCGAAACAGCAUGAUCAUCCACAUCCAGGACGAAUCGUUGCCGAGGGGCAGGCGGCGGCGUGAACCGUACCGGGCAGAAAUGACUGAUUUGCAGUCAGUCUGCUCAUGUAUGCACUACCAUUCGCAUGACUUCGGCAGCUCUGGAGGAGGGAUGGGAGGCCUUGGAUGUGCAUUUUCCCAUCAGAACUCAUUCAGCUCACAGCUGAAUCCAAAUCAGUACUUUCACUCGGUUUCCUACAGAAUUGAGGAGAUUUCGCCCAGCACCUUGAAAAACAGUCUCUUUCCUUCGCCUAUCAGCUCGGUGUCUCCGGGUCUUCACAGCUUCUCAGACAAUCACCAGCUCAUGAGGAGAAGGAAAUCCAUCUAAAAUCCCAAAUUACAGGAUAAAUGCGUUUCCAUGUUUUAUAGACAAGGUCAAACAUUUGCAAUGCUGCUCCUUACCAAAUCUUAUUUUAGCACUUUUUUCUUUUUCGGUUGGAUGUAAAAUGAAAGUAUCCUUGGGGACAGGUGAGGCGGACACUACACAUAACAGCGAGCGUGGACUUAAUGGGAUGCAAAGCAUGAAGCAUGGAUGUCUAUUUUUUCAAAAGAUUUGCUCCAUUUACAUGAACUUUUGAGACCUUCCUUCUUUCAGAUUUACAGAUAUAUAGAUAUUGAUAUAUUAACUUUGGUUUCAUACCAAAUGAUGCACACUUGGGGAAAUGCUAUUUUUCAAAAGGGAGUUUGCUUGUUUCACCUUAACUUGAAGAAAAUUUUGCCGUUAUGUACUUCUCCAUUGCCUCACUGCAGACAGAGAUUUUGAAAUGACUUAAAGCAUCAGGUAUUGUUUUCUAUAAGCAAUCAUAUAUAACAAUGGUUUCACUACGCAUUAAGCCAAAAUAUUGUUGCCAAUAUUAGCAUGUGCAUUAGAUGUCAUUUAAUGAGUGUGCCAUGGUUUGUGCCAUUCUUUACUCUUUUAUAGAGGAGCUGUAUGACGGACGCCUGUAUGUUUGUCUUUGAUUUGAAGAGUCAUGCUGCUGUUAUUGACAUUUCACCCUUACCCGGUGUCAGAUCUGGUCAUAAAAGCUUUACUUUACUUUUGCAUUUUGAAAGUACAAAUUAACCUAAAGGGAAAUCCAUCCUUCCCAAUAUACUACUUAUGCCGAUUCAAGAGUUUUAUUAUUGAUCCAUUUCAUAUUUUUGUCCGGUUGACAUGCAAAGUAAGGAUAGGGUCUUGAAAAAAAUAUUGCACCUCCUUCACUGCAGCUUUUUUUCCCUUCUGACUUGCAAAUCAUGAACAGUAGGAUAAUCUGAUUAACAAUUGACCAGAACUGAAAGAAGGCCGGAUGGUCACAAAUCAAAGUAAAAUUGGAUAAUGCUUCAAGCUAAAACAGUGUGUAAGAAAACCCUACAUUUAUUGCAAGACAACAGCUAAUAGUUUUAUGAUGUGAAGUAAAGGAAGGAAGGAAGUACAAGCCACUGAAAAAACACUUGGGAUGCUGUGUAAGAUGUUGAUAAAAACAUGUUUUGGUGGUUUGCAAAUAAUUUUAACCCUAUAUUUAAUACUGAAAAGACAACAUGUCAAAUGUUCAGAUGGAUUUUUAUUUUAUUUUAUUUUCUAAAACGGUUUACACCCAUUUUAAAUUUGAUGUCUGCAACACGUUUCAAAAAAGUUGGGUCAAUGGCAUUUUGCUGUAAGUGAACCACUGUCAGAUUUUUGCCCUGUAUGGAAUCUCAGCUGCCAAACAUUUUGGCAUUUCUUUUAUUAAUUUGUGUUAAUUUGUGUCAUGAUUUGUUAUGUUUUCAUAAAGGCAGACCAGUUUAACAUCCAGGGAUCGAGUUUACACAGUGAUUUCCACUUCAGAGUCCUGUCUGUUUUGAAUGCAUUGCCCCCUGAACACCUGAAGAUUACAGCCAUGCACUGUUGAUCAUCUGCCCUUCUUCUUACGUACAGAAAUUUCCUCAGAUCUUGUUAACGUUUCAGUGAUGUUUUGUACUGUUAAUGAUGUAAUCACCAAAAGUCUUUUCAGUUUUACAUUAAGGAAAAAUUAUUCUGAAAUCAAAAUUUCGAGAUUACUCAGUGUCGAAAUGUCAUCAAUAGUGUUGAAAUUCAAUAUUAAAAACUGUAAAAUUUUGACAUCAAAGUCGAAAUUCUGAGAUUGAAGUUGACAUGAAUAAAGUCGAAAUUUUGACUUUUAAAUUUCGACUUUAAUAUCGAAAUGAAAAUUUAAAAAAUCUCCUCCUUGUAAUAAUUUUUUUCUCUUCUUGUGGCACUAAUCCUCUUUUAUACAAUAUGGACUCUGACAGAGUUGUGAAACUUUUUCUAUCUUUAUUUCUGAGAGACUCAGCCUACCCUGGAUGAUAUUUGUAAAUUCAGUCAUAAUUCUGACCUGUUAUAAAUCAACCUCAUAAUCUGAGAGAUUUUUCUCUUUUUGCAUUUCAAAACUUUUGCAGUGUUUUGAUACCUACGUCCCCCUUUUUUUUUUUAUGUGUUGCUGGCAUCACAUUGACAUUAGCAUAUAUUUUUCAUAAAGUUUCAACAUCUGACAUGUUGUCUCACUCUAUUUUCAAUCCUAUAUAAAGUUUGAAUGAUUUGUACAGUAUGUUUUUAUGAUUUACUUACACAGUGUCUCAUCUAUUUUGCAAUUAGGGUUCUAGUCAGAUGCUCCAUUGGCUGUUUCCGUACGUGUAAAUAUAUGAUCAGUGGUAAAGCAAAGAAGCCUUAACAAUUCGCCAAAAUGUUUAUGUGGCUCAUUUCUUUGAAUACACAUAAAUACUGUUAGAAAUUUCUGCUCUGAGUGUGACGGCUAACUCACCAGCCCUCAAUAGAAUUAUUAAAACAGCUUCCAAAGUCUGGGCGGACAUCCUAAGACCUUCAGACUAUAUUUCAACCUUUCAAUGACAGAAUCCUAAUAAUAACUGCUAAACUCAUAAUUGGUGUUUGUUUUGAAUAGUGAACACAGGCAUAAUCGUACUCCUGUAAUUAUAUAUGAUGUUCGCCAUCAGCAGCUGAUCCUGAGUCUGCUCACUUCUUAUCGCAGCGCUGAGAGCACAACAGUUUAUAGUGAGUAAAAAAGCAUGCAGAGUCAAACUAGCUCUUUAAAUCUGGUUGCACUGUGGAGCCACUAAGGAAGCACAACCUAAUCAAUGCAUUAUUAUAAUACAAACAUGCUGAAAUAGAAGGUGUGAUUUAAUUUGAAGUUUACAGAGAGGGGAAACUUAAUGACAGCAGUGUGAUUCUUUAAGUUUCUGUGAAAUAUCAAAGGACGAAAAAGGAUAUGAGUAAUAUCAAACGUUUGAUCAGAUAAAAUCAGAUAAGUGCAUGACCUUUUUAAUGAUGACGAGGAAAAUCAUUUUGAAAUAACUUAGAAUGUACUCUAAUAGUCUUAAGGAGUGAUUCACAACAUUAGCUGUUGUUUUGCCAUGGUAGAGCAUUUUUACAGAUAUCAGAGCUGGGUUUACGUGAAUUCAAUUUUUUUUUUUUUUACUUUUUUUUUUUCAUAAUUUUGAAUGGAUCCGCCCCCCUUUUUGAAAAACACAAGCAACUGGCCAAAUUGGAUAAACAUAUUGAAUCUUAACUUCUAAACUACUUUUUUUCAAAGAUACAGUCUUGAGAUGCAUCAUCUCCAGGAGUCCUGUGCUGCUUCUACGUGUUUAUUUGAAUUGAAGGUAUUAUUUGUAAGCGAUAGAGGCUUGAAAAUAUGCGACAAAUUCUGAAUACUUUUAUUAAUUACAGGCCUUUUGAUAGUGCAGUUAAUUUUUUUUCUGUCACAGCUGGCCUACAACUUGGUGUCCAAGACAAUGCUCAGAAGCCACUCUCUCUAGGCACGUGGUAAAAUGCCAGCAAUUCUAUUCACUUAACAAACAUAACCAAGCAUAGAAUCUGAGAUAAGCUUCGUUCCAUUAUUGGAACUACACCGGCUUAUCUUAAUACCCUGUACAAUAUGUUUAUAUCAACCUUUGGAAUAAAAAGGCCUUUUCAUGGCUGAGAUGCAUAUGUAUUUUUACACAUUAGCAUAUGUGCCUUGAAGAAACAGUAGUCAAUGUUUCUGUUGAAGUGGGCACAUUUAAAUAUGGAGGAUGUGGACCUGUUUGUGCUUUAGCAAACCUGUUGGGAGAUAACCGAGGUCUGGCUUUGGGGCCGAUAACAGCACAGAUGUGGUUAAUGUCCUGUCAAAACUCAAUUUCACACGAGGGGCUAAAACUGACUGCUGAUCUGAUCUUAACUUUCUUUGGCCUCAUAUCAACCCUGUGCUACAGACGGGUCACUCCCUUUCAAAAGACAAACUCACAUGUUAAAAGUGAUUCCUUCACUCCAUCUAUAACAACUUUGGUAUCAUUGAUUUGACCAUCACUCCACUUAAUAAACCUGACACUUGUACCCUCGGAUGUAAUAGCUCGUAUUUGGAGGUCCAACAAAGACAAGACUGGAUACAGUCUUACUAACCCUAACCCCUAACCCAUGUUUAAGAUUAUUUGUCAAAGACAAAAAAACAACUAUAAAUUAAUCCCACAGCCAGAGAUAUAUCAUUUAUAGCUUAACUAUUAAAAAGACAUAAAUGAACACACUGUUAAACUGGCUGACAUUUUCCAUUUUUAGGUGAACAUGGGCAUUGCACUUUAUUUUAAGAUGAUGUGAUGUAUCAAUCCCUCCUGUGGUAGAUGCUUGCAAGACAACUUCUUUUCUGUUUUUUGUUUUUUUUCUCAAAUGGGAGACAUUUGCAUCAAAUUUAUCAAAUUUGCAUAAACAUCUUAUUUUAAGGCUUAUUUUUAGAGACUGGGAUGCAUGUGAGUCUGGUUUAUUCCCCCACUUGGGCUCAAUCUAGUUUCCAUUAACUCUUUUAAUGGUAUGCUCAUUAGCUUGUGUCCAAAGGUUUUCCUCCUGUGGUCCAGCACUAAAUUGGCAGACGAUUUGGUGUUUAUAAUUAAAUGUGAGGAAAUACACCCUCCUGAUCAACGCAGGGUGCAAAAAUCUAAUCUGUUAACAUGGGACAUAUGUAGCAACCUUCACUGCUUUGCUGAGAAGCACUCUGUAUGCAUAGAGCGUCAAAUACAUGUCACUCUUGAUAUUCAAUGCCAUGCUAAAUCGACAAAUGUUUAAGCAUGCUGCUGGUAUUUCCACUUUAAAUUGAAAUCAUACAGCCACAGACUUUACACUUCGAGCUACGAGUGUUGAUUUGAGUAAAAUUAAGCCAGACUUUGGGCCAUUUCUGACUACCUCGUGCUGAAAUGUUCUUGCGAGACGUGACAUCAUUGUUUUGCAAGGAACGUAGGUACCAAUAAGGGAACCAUUGAGCAGAAAGGCAAAUGAUGUUGAUGGAUUCAACUAGUAGGAACCGGUUCUUAUCAGGAACCAUUUUUUUAAUCUCAUCCCUUGAAUUGAGUGAUAAUUUUUUUGUGGGGUUCAUCAUAUUGAGCAACUAUUUCAUAUUUAAUUCAUUGGUCUUGUGAUAAUAUUGAUUCAAACUAAUUGAAAUUUAAGUUUCAAGUCUUCAGUCAGAAAAAAAAUGGAUUUUGGACUGAGGAAACUCUCAAGAGGUAAUAAGAGUUCAACAGAGUCAACAUCAGCCCACAGGACACCAACUUAUCCAGACCAUGCCAGCUGACAGCUCAGGUGACUACCAAAUAUGCAUCCAAUUGGCAAAAGUCAAAUAGUGUUCAAUUCAAAAUGAUUUAACCCAUUAAAACAAAGUGCAACUGCCACCAGCCCAGUUUCUUUUUUACCCCAGUGUUCAUUGUGGCUCUCAAAACAAAUCCAUAGCCCCAAAGAUAACUUACUGCAUACAAUAAUAACUUAUCUUUGACGAAAGUGGUUAUGACUAAAGUAACGCUGCCCUGUUUUUUAGAUCUUAAAAAGUGAUGGUCAAAAAAGAAAAAAAAAAAGAAAAAAGAUGCCCAAGUUGAUAUCAACUAGAACUGUCGUCUAAAAAUCCUGAAUACUAACAGGAGUUGAGAGAAUAUCUACCAAUAAUAACUGUCACUGAUGGUGAUCAGUGUCGUCUGCCUUCCAUUCACUUCACAGUCAAACUUGUUGGGGAAUGUAUCAGCCAUGUAUCUGCUUCCUAUCCAUUUUUGAUGGGAAGCGGCAAACAAAUGAACUCAUUUUCUUUUCAUGAGCUGCGAGUCGCUUCGUUUUUUUCCACACCCACGUGCACACAUAUUACUCAGAUUUGUCUGCCAUCAUGCCACAUGUCAUAUUGAUGGUCCUUGACUGAAUGUUACUCUAUAACACAGAUGGUGCAGAGACAGCAACACACACCAACACCCUCAACAGACUGAUGGUGCGACAUUUUGUUUUCUCUUGUGGUUCCCUGCCACGUGGCAUCAAACAACAUGAACGUGAAUUGAUUUCCUGAUGGUGUUUAGCUGUUCUUUGUUUAUAGGCACUUUGAACAUAGCCAUGUUGGGCUUUCAGACGUCAUUUACUGCAUGUGGCAGUAUGUGCUGGCCAUUUCUCUGUCAAAAGUGCCAUGCUUUUCUAUGACAGGGACAAAGAUACACAAAUUGCACUACUAUCUGUAUGAUACAAUAGAGUAGAAAAGCUGUGUUCUGUAACUUCUAUUUGAAAAAUAUCUUUUGCAAUAGGUUCUUCUGUAGGUCUGAUGAACAAAUAUGUACCAUAUCCUUACAGAGGAAUACAUCUUAGCUCAUUGGCAUCCAUGCGUUUUGAUGGUCAUGUUGAACUUACCGACGUCUUCUGUCACAAUUUUAAAACUGAUGUCUGUACAGUACACUCCAGUAUGGGUCCCCUCUCUUUUCACCUCACAGAGAAGCGAUUGAUGAUAAUUGUUCAGAGUGAAAUGAACAUUUUACAUAACAUUUUACAUCUGUAUGUUUUCUUUUCUUUUUUUAAUGUGUGUGUGCAUGAUUUGGUGUGGAUGACUCACUGGGUUACACAGCCUGGGUGAAGCCAUAACACACUUGAAUAAAAAUGAUGAGCCUCCUUCUGA